AUGAACAAACUAUAUGUUGGGAAUUUAAGUCCUGCGGUCACCGUCGAGGACUUGCAGCAGCUCUUUGGGGAGAGGAAGCUGCCAGCGGCCGAGCAGGUCCUGCUCAAAUCCGGCUAUGCUUUUGUGGACUGCCCCGACCAGAACUCGGCCAUAAAGGCUAUAGAGUGUCUUUCUGGUAAGUGUUGGAUUUGAUAAGUGAUGCUACUGGUGACAGGGGGAAAUAAUUCACAGCGGGUCAAACUGCACGUUCAGGUUAAAUACACAAUAGCCCCGAGGUGUCCCAAAUGUAAAAAAUACUGAGUAGUAGCUUUGUGUGAUUUUGUUUUUAAUGCUUUGGACAAUCUUUGCGAUCAUAUCCGUGUGCCAUCAGAGUUUAGAUGAACGCUCAGUAAUGCACGCUCCAAGAGAAAUUGGAUAAAUGAUCGAUCACAGCAUACACUCAGGGCUUUACUGCCCGUUUGCCUAAAGAAAACACGAGCCGUCCUAACGGUCUUAACGCGCACAAUAACCUAUAUUUUGGAGAUUCCGAUAGUGUGGGGCGCUACUUUGCAAUCACCCGCUGGAAUGUAUGGGAUGGUCUGAUGGUUGGGGUAGGCAUAAUUAUUUUUCACUUAUUUUUUAUCUUGAUUUUAUUGAAGAAAGCAGAGCGACGCGAGCGCGGAAAACUUGUCAGAUCCAUGUUCCUCUGAUGUCUGGCUAUGUUUUUACGAGGUGUCUUGGAGGUGGGUCAUGGGGGUCCGGAGGAAAGAGCUAAUAAACAGGUAGCUGAGGGGGGACGAGGUGAGACGCUAAUUCCGUGCUGCGCCAGGCAGGCCACUCAUAAUAGUAACGAAAACCCGUGUUCAAGCUUCGCCGAAGAGCGCUUCAAAUUCAGCCACACCGGCUGGGGCAACACGGAGAAUGAAGAAACACCUACCUAAGACAGAAAGAGUACAAGCCAUUCUGCUUUCAAACCAGCUCUUCUUUGAUGUUGCAUUCUUUACUGAGCGCAGAAAAAUACCCCUCAUUGCACUGAGAGAGGGUUGUGGGAGUGGAAAGCAUGGCUGCCCAUUUCCCCCCAUACUAUAUAAGCUUAACAUGCUUCAUUUUGGCGCCGAUUCCCUCAAUUGUGACCCUUAAAAUGUCCCACUUGUGCUUGUUUUAAUGUAAACAUAGGCAGUUUGACCGUCGCCGUGCGCAUAACGCACCCGCGUACAGCACUUUUUUUCAGGGGUAGCCUAGUCUGUUUGAAUGGGGACGCACCUACUUGGAGAAGUGAUUCAAAGUGUUGCUGUGAAGGCCUACCAGCUUGCAUUGUUACUUUCAUGGUACACAGCUAAUGUUACACUAUCAACUUUCGUCCCUACAGGUAAAGUUGAGUUACACGGAAAGGUGAUAGAGGUAGACUACUCAGUCCCCAAAAAACUAAGGUAGGCCUACAACCUGACACACACACUCACUCACACGCACACACACACACACACACACACACACACACACACACACAUAUUGUGUCCUACGCCUAUACUGUGCCCCAUGGCAGACUGAGUGACCUGUAGGCUUCCGCUGUGAAAUAUAGCAAGCAGAUUUCCCCUCUUUCUUUGCUUCUGUGUGUGGGUUUUUUUUUACGCAGGGUGGUGUUUUUUUACUCACUGGCGACGAAAAUGUGAUGGCAUGGCGAUUAAACAAAAGAAAAAAGGCGACAAAGAAACAGUUUUAGUCCGCAAAACACACGGAGGCUGCUGCCAUAUCGCGUGAUCUGCAGUGAGGCCUAUCCCACUGUGCAACAUGGACACGCACACACAUAUAUUAUAAUUGCAUCUUAAUUGAAUUUCACUCAAACACUCAGUUAACUUUCACAUGUGCUGUUUAACAUGCCUUUGUUGGUAUCUACAUGGCAUUUUUCUCGACAUGUGGGCGAUAAAGUUAGGUUUCAUUAUUGACUGUAACACUGCAGUACAUGGUGCGUUGCAUACCAAUCAGCUGUGUCUCCCCUCUUCUUACUAUAAGCAUGUGUGUGUAUGUAUAUGAGCAACACAGGCUCUAUGUGUGUGUGCGCGAAGAAAGCCGAGUUGAAGGUUUGUAUGGCCUAAUCUAUAGGUUAACCCUAAACUCCCCACCCACGGCACCACUGUCAUUUUCUAGUGUUUCUGUACCAGCUUGUCCACCCUGUUUUAAACACAACAUAUCCACGAGCUUUUAAUUCCAUAGGAACAAAGGUUAAACAGUAUUUUUCCGCCUGUGCGUAAUGCGUAAUACACUCCUACGUCUGUGUGAGAUUAAACAGCCUAUAGAGUGUCUGCACGUAUAGAUCCACCCUGUUUCACUACAAUGCGUUUGGCUUUAGGGGAAGACUACAUUGCGUGACAAAAAGGUAAAUAUUCAUGCCCCUUGUGGAGGAGCACGUGACCUGUACUUUAUGCUCCAGCAUAGUCCUCCCCUUCACUGCUGCUACACUGCCCUGCUUUACUGCAGUAGCUUUUCACUGUUCUCAACUGUGGAGAAAAUCAUGUUUGUGAGAAAUGUGAAGAGAUCGGGUUUCUGUGUUAUCUCCACGCUAUUUCACUCGGUUUGAAGGCGCUUUUUAAGACGCAACAUGGUGCUUGAGCUCUGCGCCACUCCCCACAGUUUAGUGUGCACGUAGGCCAUGGCAAUGUUGGACAGCCUCUUAAUGGCUGCCAUGAUGGUCCUGCUCACUGCUCGGCUAUAGGCGGAAUCACAAGGAGCAAAUGGCCAUACAUGUGCCUGCCUGCAUGUGUCCAAUCGGCAGUGUGAGGAGCUGUACAGACGGCUGUGCAUGUCCUGAACAGGCCUUCAGAGCUAAAUGUUCGCCAUGUCAGCGAGGGCGGCGAGGAAAUGUACAGGUGUUCAUUUUAAAAUGAAUCCGCAGAUUAACAGGGGGAAGAGAGCGGGUCCACGUGGACGUGGAAAUCCGUUUUAUUUGUUCACAUUGUUAUUCAAAGAUUAGUCUAUAAUAAUAUUAUACGAUUCUAUAAUUUCCCACGAGUUUCUGUUUAACAUUUACAUUAAUUUAAAUAUGGAGCUGAAAAUGCCAGCUUUUGUCCUGCAGUAAAUAUUUGUUGUUAGAGUUAAAAAGAGGCAAAUGAUCAACUUUUUUAAAUUCAACUGAAUAUUUUAUUGAUGUUCAAAGUUUUUAACAAUUAUUUUGAAUUAUUCCAACAAGUUCAAAAUACUGGCAUUUUACUUUUUAAUCCUGCAUUUAUAGAUUUAUAUCAAAUCCAAAAAGGUGCUGUUGUGGAUUUGGUUUUAAAAUUCUGCAUGGCUGCAAUAACUGAGGAAAAGAUAAACAGGCCUUUUAUACAAAUCAGCAAUUUUUGUUGAGUCAUUUGAAGCUCUUCAGGCCUGUUGGUUUUGUUUGGGGCUGUUGUAGUUUCAGCUGCAGUUUGCUGUCUGUCCUGUUUGUUGAUAUAUUUUAGCUGUGUUUUGUUGGGCAAUGUCUAUAUUGUGCUAACAGGUGUAGUUGGUUUAAGGAUUAAAUUGUGUCUUUUUUAAACCCCAGAAUUAUAAACUUAUUUUCCAGUCACUGUGAUAAAGUUUUGAUAAUUAUAUAGUUGAUUUGUGUGCUCUGGGCCUUCUCAAAGCAAUUUUACUGGACAUGAAAAUAAAAAAAGUUUCAAAUUGUUUUAGUUUCAAUGUUGUAAUAGUUAAUUAAAUGUGAUAUUUAAAUUUAUUUUAUGAGAUUUCAUAUUUGUAGAAUAAUGUAGACCUCAUUGCUUGAAGUGUUUUCAGACAUAAAUAAACUCCCUUCUUGAUUUUGUUUGAGGGGUUGUUGUCACAGAAAAUACACCACAGUUUGUUGCAGUCUUAUUUACAUAUUCCAGGAGUAGUUUGAAGAAUUUCAGGCUCACUUUGGUUCAUUUAAAGUUGUGAAAAAUAUUGAUUAAACAACUUGUUGUGUGAAGAUAAUCAUGGUAGUAAUUUGUGUCUCUUAGCAUGAACUUAUUCUGAUUUCACUGCUGAGAGAUCUGUAAUUAUAAAUCAGUCAGCUGAUAUAUAUGUAAACAUGAAAAGCACAACUUUAAAUUACCUUAAUUGUAAUUACUAGAAGAAUUUAAGCUUGUUGUGCAAUCACAGUUUAAAAUCAUGUGCUAAAUUUUUAUGAUGUACAUAAGGAUUUUGUUAUUUAUGUGGAAUGAAUUUGAAUAAUUAUUCAAUAAUAAUUUUGUAAAUUCCAUUAGAUAAACAUAAAUUGAUUUGCUGAAAUAACCAAGUUUGUUUGCAGAUAUCUAGAUGUUUUUACUUUCUUGUACAUUUUAAUGGCUGCCACAUUUUGACAGGAGAAAUCAAAACACAGCAUUUCUUUUAAAAGUGUAAAGCUCUACACAUGGAUUAGCCCCUGCUUAUGCAGCAAACAGAGUAUGACUUUAUGUUAAUUCAUAUUUUCUUCUCAUAAAUUCUAUUCAGUGUGCUUUAAACCUCGGAUCAUGUCAGUGACUGUGUGAACAAAGUGACUAAUGUGAUCCCCUACUGUGAGGAGGAUCAAUGAGUAGUAUUGGAUCUGUGAAGGGAGCAUUAUCGUCUCAGGGUACACACAAUUUUGUGGUGUCUUCCUGAGAAACACACAUGCUUGUUUACCUGUUUGUUCAGUUGUCUAGUAUCAAAUAAAAAAAUUCUUCUCUCCUGUUUACUAUCUUAUCUUCACCUUCGUCUUAAAGCCGAGUAAAGAUGUGCUCAAAUAAACAGGUAAUGAAUUUCUUAUUAGGUGUUAACUGUCAGUGUUUCACUCCACUAGCCUGCGUCACAUAAACACAUUUUAACUUUGCUGUUUAAUGCUGCUUAAUGAAGCUAAAUUGAUGUAGAAAAAAAAAUGUCUGACGAAAGGAUAUCAACCAAUACAUGGGUGUAAACAUCUGCAUUGCACCAUAGAGGUGCACGUACAGAUGUGUGUGUUGUGUUGACAGCGCACACUGAAUCAAAACAGCGAAACAGGAUAGCCAUCAGUUGAUCCACUCUGAAUCCAUUAAUACUCCCUAGUUGAUCCUGGGUGAAGGAGAAGCUCUCUUAAUCAGACUCUGGUUAUGUCCGGAGUGAUAGCGAGAGGUGCCGCUCUGCUCCCUUUCCAAAUCCACAUCUGCUGCGCCCUCCUCCUGACUCUCCGUGUCUCCUCUCACCUGUCUGUGAGGGGGAUCACACCCAAGAAUCUGGUUUGUUAAGAAAGAGAGCAGGUGUCUAAAUGUCGCUCAACUAGGCUGGUUUUCUGCCCUGGGGAGCAUUGUGGGAAUCUUUUUUAAUGCAGUUGACUUUCUGACAUAUGAAGGAUUACAGAGAGAAUCUGUAUAAUGUAAAACAUCUUAUACUGAUCAGUGAAAUAAUGCAGAGUGAGGUUGCAUUUCUACAAUUUACGUUUUAAUGUUUUAGUCCUUGUAUUUAAAUUCUAGGCUGCUCCUUAAUUUGUUAAGCAACUGUUAACAUUUCACAAAAACAUUAGUGUCGUUUUCUCCUGAGGGGGUAACGGCCACACUCGCCCAGCAAAGCAUACAGCUUUAAGGGCUGAUGAGAUAAGAUGUGAUAGCAUUGUCAAUUCAUUGUACAUCUGCCAGACCCAUGGAAACACAGUUGAAGCUUCUACAGUGUCCAAUAAAUCUGCUUUUUUUAAACAAAUGCUUGCUUGUACAUCACAGCAGCAUUUCUCUUCGUAAAGUAGUCAUUCACAUUCCUCUCCAACCUGUUGAAUGACUAAUAAGUUACUGCAGCAUUACAAGCAGAAGUAAAGUGAGAUCAUGGAUGACUCUCAGGAGCAGCAGGGAGGAGCUGCUGAAGGCGUGGCCCCGGAUGAGGAGGAUUCCUCUGACUGGGCAUCCUAAGCUGUGGCUUUUCCUCUUAAUUCUGAAUCUCUUGAGUAUAGCAGAAAUCAGAGGAGUGAAUAUGUCAGCAUGUGUUGAUGGUUUCACCUGAGCGGCUGUGACAGAACUGGAGCAGCGAUGGCUCAUGUGUUUGGUCAGUGACAAAUCUGAGGAGCACCAUUCAUACGCAUGUUUUUGUGAACGGGAGUUUGUCUUCCUCUGUUUUUGUUUGUGACCUCACCAUUACACAUUUCCUCACAGUCUAGUUCUUUUUAUUGAAUGAUGACAGUAAUGGAGAGACAGCUCUUGGUAAAAGUAAAAUAAACCCUCAUUGAUUAGAGAUGAGAGACAAAAAAGCCUCUUUGGCUAAGACCGAGACACUGAGGCCAUUUUUCCUCUCGGAGCAUGUGUCACUGAUUAUGAGCUCUUAUUGGCUCGUUGAUGUCUGAUUCAGUUAUUAAAAAAAAGACAGGACAUGAGUUUAAUUUAUAGAAAAAUAUGAUUACCAAUAAAGAAUAUUUCAGCUUUGACAUUUAGCUUUCUUCUUGGCAUGAUAUUAUUCUCUUACACACUGUAACCAGGUGUGGGAAGCUCAGCUGUUGGUAAGAGUUGUGUAUGAAAUGGAAGAGAUCAAAAUCCCAAUCCAGCACAGAAUAAGCUGAUAUUGUCUGGAGCAGAUGCUUGAUGAUGCUAAGCAGGAUUUGAUGAAUUAAAUGUGCAUCAUAUGAAUAUUUAAUGAUUUAUAAAUCAUGAUUAUGAGAAGCGCAGUUUGUACCCAAGUUCUUUUUUGGGGGAAGUAAUUGAAGAUGUAACAGCUGCUCUGCCUCUCCUUCCUUUACCAUGUCCCUCUGUUGCUCAGUCUGUCUCGAAUGUUGUGUGUGUGUGUGUAUCUGUGUGUGUGUGAAUGGUAUAGUAGUGGGAUGAUAAUAUCCACAAACAGAUAUGUUCAAGGGCAGCACAGCAGAAUUAGAAGCGCUGUGGUGAAUACCGGCUGAAAGCUAGAUGCCGGAUGUAAAGUUUGGGGUUUCUCACCCUCCGUUGUCCAGGGAUGCCCAAGGGUGUGGUCUCCAUUAAAGGUUCGGUGGCUGAGUGGCACAGCAGGUGGCAUUUCUCACACAGGCAGAUCCGUCCUUGUUUCAUAUCAACACCAUAUAGCCUCACUGGCCAAGCUGGAACCUAAGAGCUUUGAUGGGUUUUGAACAGGUGAAAUGCAUAUGGUGAAAGCUGCAAACAGCCAACUAGAGUAAGCCAGGAGUUGUAAUGCUCACAUCGAGCCAAUGCUUUGCAAGCGAAUCAAGCCGUUGGGAUCCAGGCUCAUGAAAAUGCUCAGUGACACCGAGUUUCAGAUAUAAAUUUCAGAUCUAAAAGAUUCAUCCAGAAAAAAACUCUCCUUUUCAUGUCUUUAAAGUAAAAUUCUGCCCCUCGUUCUCUUACCUGGCUGUACCUUUUCAAACAGGAAUACUUGAAGAAAGUCUGCCCCCUUUAUUCUACUCUUACUCCCCUCCCACCAAACGACUAGAAAGUGACCAAAAACUAAAAAAAAGAGACAAAACAGCAACAAGUGGACACACGAAUGACUGCAAAGACAUAAAGAAAACACCUUCAGACGCUGAAAAUACCAAGUCACAGAGAAGACAAAGAAAAUAAAAAGCAAUGGCUACAAAGAGAGACAAAACAAAAACCAAGAGAGAAUUUACUACUACAUUUAUCCAAACAGCUGAAAGUUCAAGUUGAAGAAGUACACAAAAUUACAACUAUGACUUAAAACAACAGUACAAAGAAAGAAAAGUCAGAGAGACGUGGAAAAAAACAACAACCCAAAAAGUUACCUUAAAGUUAGAGUUAACUUAAAAGAUACACACAGUGAGAUCAAAAAGAAGUAAAACCAAAGACAAAACUUCUCAAAAAGUCAAAAUAAGUAAACUACCACAGAAAAAAAACAAACAUUUACUUCAGCAAAAGUCAAACAGUUGAAAAGGCAUAAAAAAUGACCACUAAGUGACGCAAACCUAAAAGAGACAAAAAACAACUAUGACCAAGAGACAAAAAAUCCCAGUGAAGAGGCAGCAGAGAGACAAAGAGCUACAAAGAGACAAACUUAAUUACCAAUUGAAACAAAAAAGAGACAAAAAACAAAACCAAAAAAAUUCAACAGAAAGUGAAAUAAAGUGAUGAUCAGAAAAACAAGUAUGAGCAUUAAGAGACACAGAGGACAGCAAAAAGCCCCCAACUACGAACAGUCAAAACAACAACAACAAAGACCCCAGAGACCACAAACUGACACCAAACACCCAACAUCAGAAUCAACCAGGGAGCCAUUUUUUAAAUAAUCGACUUUUGGUUAUUCAGAGCUAUUUAGUCCAAAUACUGGCUUUACUUCACCUGCUGUGAACAUAAAGGAUACUUUCCCUCCAAAACCAAUAUUACACACACCCAUGUUAAAGACACACUAACACAGUCACACAGCCACCUGCAGAGCAACAUGCUGUACAUGUAUCUCUUGUUUAGGGAGUUAUUGUGUCAAAGAAAUCACAGUGUUGUCCGUUGUGUCUCAGCCAAGAACCGAUUGAUGAACUUGACCAUAGUCAAAUUUCUAAACCAUCACAGACACGCCCUCACUGGUGAUGUCUGUGAUGAAGACAAUCAGGUACUUGGUUUGAAACAGAAGGUAAAAUGGUGGUAAGAAUCCCUGUCAUUGUGUGUACAGUGAAGUUUUGUCUACAGCGAGUAGUCUCCCGUGUAGGUGUAAUAAUCUCUUUUGAUAUCUGAUUUUUAAUGUCAGCUCUUUGAGGAGCAGCUCCGCAGAAAGAUUCGCUCUUGUGACAUUUACAGCGUCUUGAUGUGGGAGCAAAACUGUCCCAUUGUGCUCGUGAAUGUGUGUGUCCAUGUGUACUUACAGGUCGGACUGUGUUCAGAUCCAACUGUUUCAGGUUAGGUUCUCCUCGUUGCUAUGGGAACCGGUUUUGAGUAUUUUGCUUGGUGAUAGGAGGAGAAAUGCUUCAAAAAAUGAACCCAACGUCCUCCAGUGUGCAGAACACCACAGGAAAAAAAAAUCAACACCAUAAGUUGAGAUUUCUGCAUGUGACACUUAAGAUUCCUCCUUCAAGUGAUGAUUAUGAUAUCUUUUCAUAUCUCUGUCGGAUCCUUUGAUUACAGCUUAAAAUUGUCAUGAACUGCUGUCAGUUUGGAGACCCUGUAAUUUCCACCACUUCCCAGGAAAGUGGAGACUGCCGAUUGGUUAUAGCUGCAAGCCCCUGUGUGCAGGCCAGCCAUGUGUCUGUGGUUUACUCUAUGGGUGGUGCUGAUUUUAUAUCUCAACAAAUACAUCGCCCGGUAAGGUGCCUGCUUAAAAAAAAUAAUAAUUCAGCUCAAUCCUUGAAGUGUAUUUUUUUCCUUACAAAAAAAGGGAGCUCUGCUGAGUGGGCUGUCCGUCCAUGUCACAGACGCAGCCCUUUAGUGACCUUUCUUAUUCACAAACCCACUCAGAGCCAACAUUUCUAUCCUUUUCCAUAUGUAUGCAACGGAAGCGUGGAAACCCCCUCCUCUAAACCGAACAAGUCAUCUACAGUAAGGCCGGCACACAGCUGAGCCUACGACACAACCUGCAGCACAGUCUGAUCAUUGUGUUUCCUCUGUUUCAUGACGGAAGAGGAAGACAUGGAGAGGACUCACAGAGUCUGAGUUACGUGAAUGCGUAAGCUCCUUUCCUCUCAGUGUGGUUGUGUGUUUGUGUGUGUGUUCCUGUGUGGGCAGAAAUGAGCACAGCUGAUAGAGGGCAGCAUUUCUUCCCCCUGUAAAGCGAGGCUCUCUCUCUGUGUAUGUGUAUGUGUUUGUUUGUUUGUGUGUGUGUGUGUGUGUCUCCUUCUGCAAACUGUUAGAACUCUCUUCACAAUUCAUUUUAAUUCAAGGGCUUUUAUUGGCAGGAGUACAUUUAAUAAAACAGUAUUGCCAAAGCACAAUUACGUUUACAUUUGUGUAUGACUUCAAAAUAAUUGCAAAGGAAAAUUUGAUUAAAAAUCCCAAAUCAAAGCGCAGGUUUCAAAAUAUUUGUUCAAUGCGUAGGAUUUCUGUUUGCAGAUUUAAAACGGGCAAAAAAUACUAAAUCAAGGCUAUUUCUAAGAUUUAAUUACUCUAAUGGGUUUGUUCUCUGAUUCACAGCCAUGUAGGAAAAUUUACUGAGAGCAAUAAAUUACACACAGAUACUCGCUUUGAUGAAAAAGAUAUUUUUAUUUAUCUUAGGAAAGUAUUUUACUCUUAAUUGACCCCAAAACUCUUUUUCUUAAACAACAAAUAUCAACUUUUUUUCAAAACAGAGGGAAAAAUAGGUUUCAAAUGUGACACUGGGCUGCUCUGCUCAUUUUGGACUCAAUUGUAGCAGACAAAUAAAAAGUUAGUCAUUUUUAAAGCAAGCAUUGUUGUAAUGUGAGGUGUCAGGUGCACUGUGGAAACUGCUGAUUUGUGUUUGUUAUGUUUUAUGCCGCCUCAUUUCAAAGUCCUGUUACACUGAAUUGAAGACGGGGAAAAUAAAAGUUUAAUUGGCUUUCUGAAUGUUGUUAUAAAUCAUAAGAGAUACCAGGGGCCGUAUGUAAAAGUCUCUCAGGUCUGAUCUGACCGCUGAGCUGCUUGUUUGUUUGUGUAUUAAAUAUGAGGCUUACACGUUAUUAGUGUGCGAGCUUACUCUUGGCAAGACUCAGAUCAGAGUGUUCUGGUGUUGAAGUAUUUAUGUAGUGAAUUUGCUCUUUCUUAUCACCUGAUUGUUUAGUUUUCUUUGGUCACCUAGGUAUUCAACUAAUCUUGAGUUCUUGUAGGACUGAGCCAGGCAGUGGCUUUAGUCAGGAAUAUGCCAUAAAACCUGUUGUGUCACACAUCUGUGCGUGAUCUUCUUGACUACGAUUGCUGAGCUCAGAGAUAAGUGGAGUAAUGAAGAGGGGAGCUGGGCAGGUGCUGGAGAGAAGGAUGGCUCCCUUCACCUCCCUGCCAAGUGACCCAGCACAUGCCAACAGCCAGCCCCACACCAUGUGAGGUAAAAACAGAGCAUGUAUGUGAGAGCGAGAGAGCGACAAUAACAGAGCAAUGGACGGACAUAAUGAGAAAGCUUUCGCAGAGUAAAAGGGAGAACCCUAUGGGAGUCCUUUUGAUUUUAUCGCACCAAAUGCCAGGUUACAGGCAGAGCGGUGGAGGACUUUCACACAGCCGCUGCAGAGAGCUGCACACACAGGCAGCCGUGAGCAGAAUGUGAAAAAACAGUUUGUAAAUAGUUGUUGUCUUCCUGACCCUUGUCUAAAAUUUCCCUGGAGGAGCAGAAUAUUUUACCGUGAAGUGUUCGACCUGUGUGUGUAUCGCUUAACAGCCGGGGUUUCCCAUGGGUGCAGUAGCUCCUGCGGCAGCAGUGCUUUACUCUACAAAAGGCAUACUAUUAAGUCCAGAGGUUUGAAGGCUGUUAUGUUAUGAAUGUUUGCUUUUUUUAUGAGCAAAACACUUUGUACAAACACAACUAAAUGUACAUGCAAGUUGCCAGAACACCAACACACCCGCUGAUUGAUUUUGGGCCCAUGUUAAGCACACAGUCUCUAUUAUUACCAUCUGUUUUUUACCGUUGCCAACACGCAGGUCACCUCUGUCUCAUGCAUGCAAACAACAUUAUGACACUGAUUGAUGAAUUGUCCGUCCCCUGUCAGGUUAAAUGAAGCACGCACUGACACACAUCCAAUUAAAACUGAAGUGUGUUCCUUGAGCAGAGCACGGUCUGGUCAGAAAAAAAAAGAAAAACUGCAGAAACAUGGGCAUCGUCAGCUCACAGGGAUGGUAAAUAUUUGAUGCAGGAGCAGCCAUGCAUGAGCUCUUAGUGGAGGGCUUCAGAAGUUAACGGGGUCGUUUGCAUGUUGGGUGCGUGUGCUUUUUUUUCACAUGGUUAAAACACUUACUCUGGAUUCGUUCAGGGCGAUCCCGCUGUCAUUAAUGGUGAAUUCCACAAAUGCAGCUGCAGCUUAUCUCCAUGCUCGAGGGAGGGUCACACACCCUCCACUGCAGCAUUUGUUACUUGUCUUCCCCUCUUCUUCCUCCUCCUCCUCCUGCCAUGUGCAUGUUUUGUGUCAGUGUACCACGUCAUGCGUACCACCUUAGAUUGCGUGCAUCGUCUCUCACCAUCUCCUUCCAGCUCACAGAGUGUCACUGCUCCCCUGGCACAGUGAGGAGGUGCAGAGUGAACCAGGCUGUGUGUGUGUGUGAGAGCGUGAGCGGGUGUAAAUAGCUGUACAACUCUACGUAAUGUACAGUAAGCUGAAUGUGAGCCGCCCUAUCGGAUAGUGUAACAGAGACAGGCAGUUUAUUCUUGGUUGUGGUUAGUGUGAUUCUUCAACAACAGUAAUGUCUGUAUGUAAUUUAAAUGUGUGUGUGUGUGUGUGUGUGUGUGUGUGUACAGUACCUCAGUGUUUCUGCCAUUCCCUGAGCUGGAGUCAGUAGUUCAUUUCAAAGAUGGUUUGCUAAGAUGGUUUUGUUUUAAGUGGUGUAAGGAGUGACUGCAGGCAGUCCGGUUUCCGGUCUCUUGACGUUGUGGGAGAAUAAAUUACAGAGAUAUGAAAUUAUUCCCUUCAAAGGCCAGUUUGAUGUCAGAGAGACAGUGGUGGAGAUGACACAGGAAAAAUGCGACAUUUGACGAAGAGUCUGUUUCAGUGAGACUUGUGUUAGCUCUUCCUUUUGUUGCAUCCUUUGAUGAAUGAACAGCCUCCUUGGGCAUCUUUGAACGACCACUGCUUCAACCCCAUCACUACACAUCAUUAAAGCUGGCAUAGUGCUGUGCUUAUACUAACACACACAUACACACACAGAUGGGAUCUGAUUUGAUCAAACGUCUCUGCAAAUAACAGAGACACCACUAAACACAGCACAGCCCUGCUUUGUUUUCAAGCUAACCUCUAUUUUGCAGACCCUCGACAUACACACCACUCUAAAAUUUGCUUUUUUUUACAUGGAGGCCAUUUUCCACAUCUUGCUCUGGGAGCUCAAAUGCUAUCAAAGUCAGAGCUGGCCCAAGCCUCAGUGGGGCCCUAAGCCAAAUUUGAUUUUGGGUCCCUCUAUUUCUGCCAAUAAUAUCAAUUGUUGAUCAUUUACACACCUUCACAAAUCUCUUUGAUUAACAUUCCAUGACAUGCAAACACACCUUUAUCUUGGUGUUUUUUCUCUUCUUCCUCUCUCUUCUCUCUGAUCCUGAAGGAUAUCUCCUUUUUCGCGACAUUGUUUUGACCCACAACUACCUGCACUUUGGAUGCUAAGUGCACAUUGCACAGCAGAAGGCACAUAAUGGUAGCGUAGCUUUGACAUAUCAGAAUCAUAGGCCUACAUCAGCAGCAGCACUAAAAUGUUUUGACUUUAUUUUAUUUUUUACAAUAAUAUAUAUUUGAUCAUACAGAAAGCAUCACUCAUACAUGAAAAAAAAAAAAAAAAUAUAUAUUUUUUAAUAUUGCUCUUGGGGGCCUCCUACUGGCCGCGGGGCCCUAAGCAGGCACUUAGUUCGCUUAUGCCUUGGGUCGGCUCUGAUCAAAGUGUCGCACUCUUCACCUCCACUGAACAGAAACUAAAAAGAAGAUGAAUGAUAAAAAUCCAGGUGGACUUCUUGCCAUUUGUUUUAGUAAAUAUAUUAUUUAUGAUAGCUUAUUAGCCAUCUGAAAACUUAUGGUAGCACAGACUUAGUUGCAGAAAUGGAUCCUCUUUCCCGUCACAUGAUAUCUGCUCACUUUAACACUGUCAAAAGGUUAUGUUUCUAUUCCACAACAUCCUUUCUAACAGUCUGCUUUUCCUGCUAAUGCUCUCUAGGCAUUUGUGUUAUCAGCUAACAUGUAGCCACUCCAGUGCUACGAUUACAUUCCCUAUCACAUCAUAAAAGCCUUUAAAGGGUGAUUUUAGCUGGGAGCCUCCUCGAACUGACCUUGGAUGCUAAAUGCCGUCGUUAGCUGUUAUGAGUGGUCAGAUAUCCUGUUUCAUGUCCUGCUGGAUUUGUUUGUAUUUUUAUUGUCAGUUGCUUAUCAGUAGGAAAGAGGUAAACUGAUUCAGCAGAUCCAUUUUUUUGUUUUUGACAUGCUUGGACCUUUGAAGCCUUUUUGUUUGCGUCUCCUGUUGUUGUGGCAGUCUGAAAGAAUGAGCGGUCAGGUUUACAGGUCAGCCUUUGCUCCUAAUGGCUCCUUUAACUUAGUCAGUGUGUUUGUUAAAGAGGGAAACCAGCCUCAUCUGUUUUCUGCCAGAAACCAUGAAAGCAGCCGGCCUGUAAAUGCUUGCAGAUUUGUUUUGGUGUUUCUGUGCGGAGGAAGGUCUUAAUCCCAACUAGGACUGGAAAUAGUUGUUAAAUUAGUCGAGUGAACCCUUGAGAAAUGAGAAAAUGUUGCUUAUUGUUAUUAAUCGUUUGAUAUGGAGCCUCAGGUGGCAGGGGAAGUGUGUACGCUCCUUCUGUUUGUCCUUCAGAUAAAUCUCCAAAUAGAUCUGGGUCUCUAGAUUUGAGAUUUCUACUGUUGCAUGUUCUUUUUUUCCCCCAAACUAAUUACUGUUUGUAUGCCUGCUGUGUUCACAUACCGUGGGAUUUUGUCAGAAAAUCAAACCUGGAAGACAAACAAUAAACAGACAUAGACAAUUACGCAGGAUGCAGCUUUUGCAAUUUGUAGGGUUGUCCCUGUCUUGGCAGAUGUUUGGGCUUUACUGCGUGCCUUAUAUUAUAUCACCUAUAGAACAACAGCAAACAUUUCCCUCAGGCUUUCUCUCAAUCACCAAUAAUUCUCUCUUGGUUUCUCUGUCUCACUUUGAAUGCUGCCCACACAACAGGCUUUUCCAACCGCUCCCCUCUGCUGCAGAGCACCACUUCCUAACUGGAGUUAUUGACAUCCACGCAGGAUAUUUACUCAAGUAUUUAUCGCUUAUUGAUCAGCACUGACACGCCGCGUGAGUGUCUCUGGUAAUUGAAUUAGGCUACAUAUUACAGCAUACAGGCAUCCUUGGAAUCAUUGAAAUACACACUUAUAGACGUGACCCAGACUGCCUUCAGCCUGUUUCUCCCUGAGCCCCCCGCCUCAUUUCAGAGAGUAGGUCAGGAUUUGGAGCCAUUUUAGCCGCAGGAUUAAAGUCUGACAAGGAUAAUGCCACUUUAGCCACUUGUGAAUCACGUGACACAAGAUGAUCUGAGGUUUUAGGAGGAGCACUAUGUAAUUAAUGUAGUGGAGGCCCCUUAUCCGUAAGACUCCACCCACUGCUGGAGCCCUAUAGCAGUCAGGCCUCAGUGAGGGACACCCGGACUUCUGUCCCACUUUUCUCAUCCAAUAUGGCCCACUCUCAUGCCUGGAACCACUCGCUGACACCAUUUUAACAAAAACCAGUCGGAAAAGAAGAUCCAGACAUGCCUCCUCAUACAUGCACAGUCCUGUUCGCACUUUUAAGACUUAUCAGAUUUUACACACUUGAAUUAUUUUUCUUCUUUUAGCUGACCGGCAUUUUAAUCAUCUGUCUGUUUUUGUUUAGUUGUGACUCCCUUUUCUUUGAAUUUGCCUAUUUAGAUCAUCUAAGUGCCAUCAAAAUUAAAUACAAUAAAUGAAAAAAUUAUUGCAAAUGUUGGACAAUACAAAAUUCUUUCUACACAGUAAAGACCGGACAUUUAUUAAAAAUGCUGCAGCAUUUGAAUAAACAUUUUAGAGUUGCACAUCACAAUCACAUUUAUUUUCCUGUAUCUGAUGAAUAUGUUGUUUUGUCUUAUUUAAGAACUCUUUUAAAUUGUUGUUAAAAACCUUGAAAUAUUACAAAUUUAAGUUACUGGUCAAAAAACUGUGAGGUUGUGCAUUUUGUGUAUUUGUUGAAACAAUAGGGGGGCAAAAAUGCUGUUUACAUUCUUGCUCAAAACCGUCAAUCCAGCAUCUACAAGUUAUUUAGGCAACAAGCAAAGUAUCACAAUUUGGCAGAAAAAGAAAGAAAGAUUUUUUUAAUCUCUAAAAUAUUUCAUAAUUCACAAAUGCUUGUGUGUUUUAUAGAUUAAUUCAUCCUGUUUUAUAGAGUCAUUGCUGCAUACAUUUGAAUAAAUGUUUCCUUAAAUUAAAGUGGGUGAAAUCCUAGAUAAUAAAAAAGAAGCAGAUUCUGCAAAAAAGUGUCAAAAUUAUUACUAAAAAAUCUCACAGAAAGUCAGAAUGAUCUUCAAAAGCUAAAAUGUACUCCAUAAACACAGCAAACACAUAGAUUUCAUCAAAGUAAAACAACCUGCUGUUUCUCAGCUCUUUUAUCAAUCUAUACUCGUAAAACUGAGCAAACACUCUGCUUUAGCUUAAGUAAACUUCAUGCAUGUGUCAGGACCCAGGCCCUGUUUUUCACUGUUCUGCCAGGACUCCCCAGCGACAGCAGCUGUGACUGGCAGGGCUGUGUGUUAAAAUAUGCCGCUUAUCGACCAGCCUUAUCAGUGCUUUUUUUUUUUCAGUUUCUCAGAGGAUGAAUCUUUACUCCCUCCUGCUAGUUUUCACUCUGUGUCAGGAACUUCCCUGCAGAUGGGAGGAGGGGAGGGGAGGGGAGGGAGAAAGGAGGGGAGGUGGUGCGCUCAUGUGUGCGUUAACAAGUGAAGCUGGCUCUCUCUGGAGGGAGCUGGAGGGAGCAGUGAGACGGGUAGAGAGGGGGGACGAGGAGAGGCAGACUGGAGACGAGGAAUAGCAGGCGGGUGAACGGUUUGAGGGCUUGCGUAAUGUUGAGUUGUGUGCGUGCUGUAUUGAUCCAGGUUAACCCCGCUGGGACCUGUACACCUAUGGUAGGCAGGCUCAGCCUUUCCCGCUACUCUGUAAUACCUUAUGGCCUGCAGAUUAAAGGAUGAGACCUCAGGAACAAGCUGCACAAGUCAACAUAAAGAGACAAAAGCAGGCAUGAGGAGCAGCUAACAGACAGAGGAGGCACACUGCAGCGCCGCAGUAUGAGCUGGUACCCACCUGUCAGAGGCUCUUAGCACUGAGGUGUGUGAGGGAGAGAGAGAGACACAGGAAAUACAUCAGUGUGUGCAUGUCAAGGAGAAAAAGCACGCUAGAGAGUGGUCUAUAUGUUGGUGUGUGUGUGUAUGUGUGUGUGUGUGUGAUUGCGUGUCAGUGGUGUCCCUGUAGGCUGGCUGUGUCAGUGACAGUGCUGCUGACUGCGUGCUUUGUGACGGGGGGCUCAAAGGAGUCCUCACUCAGAGGAGGAGCAGCACAUGACUCUGCAUGAAGGCUUGAACUAUCCCUACUGUCUCAAAAAGUGUGUUUUCUUCUUUAGUUUGUGGCUCAGUAGCAAAGGAAGUGGUUCGAGCACUAAUCAAUCAGCGUUUAUGUCAUUAUUGCAGGUGAUUCUUUGCUGCGGUUUUGCAAAUUCAGCAGAAUUUAGUUACAGCAAGAUUGCACUGACUGUUUCCUGUCCAUCACAAUACCUGAUUGAAGCCGUGUUGAUUAUUCUGUCUUGUUGGGAGAAUGCUACUCUUGUUUUUGUGUUGCUGUAGGUUGUUCAUGUUGAAUAUGUGCGAAGUUUGUGUUGCAUAACAGAGCAAGUUGAUUUUGCUCUUUGUAAUAAUGGUGCUUUUUGCAGCCUCACUGUUCAUGGUGAUGAAAUUUCAGUUUGAUGCUGAAAAGGCUGUUUCACAUUUGCUGCUAAAGGGAAAAGUGUUUCCAUUAUUCAUUUUAAAUCAUUGUGAAAGAUUUUUUAUUUUGCACAAGAUUAUAAAAAAUUAAAUUCUAACAGAAAGAAUAUUCUGUUGUCAUGGAUUCACAGUGUGGUGCCACUUGAAUCACUUUUACCUCAUUAAUUGAUGUUUUCGAAGGCAGAAUGUGUUAAAUUGAAAUUACUGCUACAUUGAUGGUUAUCAAACAUGUUUUUUUUUUCCCUCAGAUUACUGGGGUUGGGGUUUAGUUGUUAAAUGCCAGUAUUUGUUACAACAGCAGAUAGCGCCACUUACCUGUAAAGCAAGUGUGCUCCUUAAGACUGAGGCCAGCUGUUACUCACAACUACAGCACCGGGAGAUAAGAGGAGGAGGAGAGACUUGGUGACUGAGCAAAGUAACACAAAAAAAGUCAAGUUAGCCCAAAACUGAGAGGGAGUUAUGAUGCCAAAAACAGAGCAGCAGAGAUGUUAAAAAAUGGUCACACAGCUGAGAAAUACGGUGUUAAAGAGAGUAAUGCACAAAGAUAAUGAGCUUCAAGUGAAUAUGAAUAUGCAACUGAAAAAAACAAAAAAAACAAAUGAAGGUAUUUCUAUUACCAGACCUGUCUAAAUAGGCUGCAGAUUAUUUCUAUUCAAUCAUAUUGUACUCAAUUUAAUUGACAAUUUCAUUUCAAAAAAGCACUUAAAAUAUGAUUUAAUUUGAAGGUGUUUAAAAAAAUAACUCACCUCAUUUCAUUCAAUGUGUCUGUUUUAUCAGUUUUGACAAUUAAAGUUGUUUCAUCUUUAUAUAAACAAGCUCUAAAAUUAAGGGGUUAAACAGGGGAAGUCUUUUUUUUUAUAUUUGAGGCAGAUUUUGCGGGGCAGGGAGUCUUUACCCUGUCUUUAAUUCUUCUCAUAACAUCCUUUUAUAUCUUUUAUGAAUUUGAAGUAUUUCUAAUUUACAAAGAAGUCUGUCUUAAUAAAUGUUGAUUCUGAAAAGUUCCUAAUUCAAAGGAUCCAUUGGGGUUUAGAGGACAUUUAGUCCUAAAAAGAUGCGUCCCUCUUGUAAACAGAAAUGUCUUGUUAUUUCUGUGCUAAUAUCACACUUUCUCCUCCUCUGAGACGAACUAAUCCACUUCCAUUUAUGGACUUCCUGCUGCAGAGCUCUGCUGUGUUUUCUUGCCUCUGUAGUCACACGUAGGCUGGGACAAGACUCACGAGACCGUGUUUGUAGAUAGACCACGAUUAAGUCUGUGUGUUUGAGUACCAUAUACUUAGUGUAAGAGGAUACUAUUUUUGUUUUUAUUAAAGUAGAAAAGCAUUAUGGCACAGAGAUAUCAGCAGAACAUUUGAAAACAUUAAUUUCAUCGGCUUAAUAAGCAUGACAGGAGAAAAUGUGUUUUGUGUCAGCUGGGCACCCUGUGGCGUUUUAGCACUGAGUGGAAAUUAAUUUGUGGUGAUUACACCUGAGAGCUGAAAAUCAUUUCAUAUCUGUGACAGUAUGCAAAUAGCUGUGGGUCUUCCACUAUCCCUCUCAUGUAAAAAUAUAGUUUUGUAUGAUUGCUCUUUGUUAUAUAAUCCACAAAUCUUUGGGGGUGUUGUGAAAAUGGUAACACCCUCUGCAAAUGGUUGAUAAUGAGUGAAGGCUGAGGAUCUAAUUAGACAUUGCAGCGCUGUAAGCCGCCUCUCACACUGCUGCUGCUGCUUCUCAAACAUGAAUGAGAUGACUUGUUUGACUCAUUCAAAUCUAUGGAGUCAUUUGUAAUUCUUUUCAUGGGACACUGAAUCAUUCCCUGAUAGGAGACAUUAAUCCGCCUGCGUGCCGAUAGACCUCGUCUGUGAACUUUGCGCCACAUGUAACAGAUGAAGGGACAACAAUGUGUCCUUAUUUUCAUCUUUCUAUCAGACAGCUGUGUAUUGAGGAGCAGACAAAUGUCAACAGGAAGGCUGUGGCUUCCAUUAGAGCCGCGCGUGUCUACCUGCAUCGACAGUAGAAACUAAUGCGUGAAGAGAAACAGGCAGGCAGGUGAGCCUCCUGAAUUCUGAUGAGUCCUCCCUGCCGAGAGCUGGGAGGGAAAACAGAAGCGGGCACCUGAGCGCUGCACGCUGAGAUGAGAUGGUUAGCAGCACUAUGCAGCUGCAGCUUUGUUCACUCAGAAGCAUCAGUGGGAGAAAUAUGUGGAGAGGGGGAAUAAAAAGAGCAAGAUACACUGUUUGAUUUCUUAUUGGGGAUGGAUUUGUGAUGGAUGCAAAUGACCGCCUGGAGGAAUGAAAGGGUUUCAUGAAAAUGAAUGUAAAGGAGACUGUCACCACUAACAGUCAUUAUUACACUGGGAGUUUUAGCACUAGUAUGUAUACUUUAAAACUCCCAGUGUAUCUCUACAAAUGAUCUCAGGAUAUUUAUUUGAAUAACUUUGGGGUGUUUUUAGUUAUGAAACAGGUGAAAAUAAAUUCUAAUACUUAUCUGACAGUCAAAAACGAACAAGACAGAAACUUAGAUGACUGAUUAUUUUUGAUCAGUCAUUUUUAAUGCUGCUACCACAGCCACAGGGUCACAUUUCUUUACAUUUUUCGCCACAAGGAUUCAUAAUAACUGACUAAUAACAGAAGCAGGACAAAGUUUUUCAUCAGGAAACUAGAGAUGCACAGAUCCAUUUUUCCCGAUCCAACCUGAUACCGAUACCUGGGCUGACCAUAUUGGCAGAUAUCCGAUACUGAUCCAAUACUACUGUUGAGUGAAUGAACUGUAUACCUUGCCCUGUGAGUGAAGACAUUAGACUUGACAUUAGCCUUGUACCAAAAAAAGUAACAAAUUAACAGAGAUAUAAAUUUCAUACAAAUUGCACAUUAGCUCACAGCAAAAAGAAGUAAGACUUCCAUGUAAACAUUAAGUGCAAAAGGAUAGACAGACAUAGAAUAUAGAGGGAACAGAAUCGCUGUGUUGCUGUGUAUGAUAUUAAUUAAAAGAAAAGAAAAUAUCCGACCCAGUUAAUUUGUCAAUAUCAGAGCUGAUAUUCGAUCCAAAUAUCGGAUCAGUGCAUCCCUACGAGGAAACACUUACCUAUGUACAGGACAGCAUCUGUAAAGAGAAAAGAGGGAUCAGAUUAUGUAAAAGGGGAAAAAAAUUACAAUUGGGCGUUAAGUUUGUUUUAUUUGAUUGAUCAGAUGUGUAAAAUCUGAAUGCUGUUAUUUCUUGUGUUGGCUGAACUCCAAGAGGUAAAGUGGGUUGUCCUCUUGCUGGUUCGACCCCACAGUGCUCCAGUCUGCAUGUAAAACAGAGGUGUGUCCAAAGAUAUACUUUAAGGUAAAAGUGAAAGAAAAUAAAUCAAGAUGAUCACGGUUUGUUUCAAUACAUCACAACUCGAUGAUUGAAGAAAUGUCCAGUCUCUGGCAAGCCAAACAGCCAAUCAUAUUUUAGGAUUUUGGAGCUGCUUCAGGGGUGCCCAUGCAACCCUUUGGUCACCCUUGUGGACACACUCCCGGACAAGAGACUAAAUCUGAGAUUGUGUGGAUAGUUGUGUAAGUGUUUGAGUGUGUUUGUUAAAUGUACACUAUUGUAAUGUCAUUUUGGCAUCUGGAGUGGCAGGAAGUUAAGAGUGCAGUCCAUUUACCACUGACCAUGAAAGACUGCCAUAGUUAUUUCACAGGAGAUCCUUGGAAAUCAAUGGGAUGAACUGACUUCAAUUAAUGUAAAUGUGUCCUGGGCUUGUCUGGCCUUUGUCUACACUUGAUAGUUUACAUUUGAGCAUCAAUGGAGGGUAAAAACCUUUUAUAAAAACAUCUUGAACGAGGCUUUAUCAGUCAGUCUAUCUACUAUAAACGUGUGAUUUUACAUACAGCUUUAGGGAGAGCUUCAGGGUUUGUUUGUCCUUCAAGCGAACAAACAGCAACAUAUCUUUGCGACUGAAGGACAACAACAAUGCAUGGACUCUUCUCUCAUAUAAAUCCUGUUAUCUCUGCUCCACAACAAUGGGACGGGCCUUGGAGAAGUGCUUAGGAGCACUACACAGAAAUGGCUUGAGCUCCGUCUUAAUCCAGCCACAGAGAGUGUGGACACAGCGGGAGCGCCGGAGAAGUUAAAAAAGAGGAGCGGGGGAGAAAUCUAACGCACAGUAGGGUCUCCAAAUAUUGUUGACUUGUUGCUUCCUCUGAGAUUUCAGGGCAUUCAGGCGCUUAAGAGCUUACGGGUCCAAGCUAGAAAUUGGGUUAAUUCAGAUUAGACAAGUGUGUGGUUGGUGUAAAAGGACCACCAGACUAUCUGCAACCCAUCCAAACUGACCCAUAUGUAUAAUGUUACUGCUUUAAGUCUAGACUGGGCAUGAAUCAGACUGUCUAUUAGAUGUAGAGGGAUAAGAAGAGCGCUGACGUAUUUGUCAGCAGCUCACAUACAUGCAUGCACAUGUAACUGUAAAUGCAGCUGAUUGUCAGAUGAUCACAUUAUCCUGCACUCAGCACUGAGACAGACGACUGACUACUACACAUUAAAAAAGUCGAGACAUUAGUGUUGCUCAGACAGCAAAUAUCACUGGACUUGUAAUACGAUCGUGAAAGAGGUGCAUAAUCACACGCCUCCACUGUGAUUUAUGACCAUUGAGGUUUUCAUUUCCUAUUUUAUCUGCAUGUUAUGGCUCUGAUGAUGGCCGGAUCAUCUUUCAUUUUGAAAGUCAUCAAUUAUCUCCUGUGCAAUAUGAAGUCUAACUGGACUGAUGUAGGCUUCCUGUGUCUGUUGUGUCUUUACGCCCUGCUUUUUGAGGGAACAAGGUCCUCUGUCAGGCCAGAUAAUGACAGAAAGGAGCUGCGGAGAAUGAAUAUUCCAGCGUCUUUUUGCAUUUGACUGAUAAAUUGAUAAACCAUAUCCUUUAAUCACGAGGAAUAACUCAUCUAUUUAAGCACUAAGGAGCAAACGUUGCCAAAUUUGUGCGAGAGAGUGGCGAGGCGGUUCAUUGUCAUUUGAGGAGAGUGUUGACAGCUUAAUGGACACAGGAGAGAGGGAAAUUGCUGGAAGUAAACCUAUAAGUCAGGUGAAACAAUUAGGCGUGAGUAGAGGUGAAUGCUGUGUGUGUUUGGGACAGGCUCCGUGGACUGAAAGGCUGUCCAGGAUGUCUUUUUAUUUGCCCACAUAGAGCCACCCUGCUGGGCACAGAGCAGCACAGAGCCUUGGUUGGACAUCGGCACAUAGCAGUGAGAGUAAACAAGGCUUUUAGCGGCUUUAUUAGACAGAGUCAUUCAGCAGGGAAGGAAAUGUUUAAUCAUUCACUCCUGAGUUUGUUUUAAAUGACAGAAAUUGUUCUUUGGGACAAGUUUUACCCUCUUACAAGGAAAAAUAAAAUCAGCCUAUUUGAUUAGAAACUGUUCUUGUCAAAGCUGAUAUAUUUUUAAACUCACACUUUUUAAAUGAGGAAAUUUUGUUCCAGGAAGUAUUUCUCUUUUUUCCUGCACAUGGAGGGAGCACUUCCCUCUCUGAGGUCACUCUUCGGUUAGCCACUGUGAGUUUGGUCAACACAGUGGUUAAUUGUUCACCCAUAAAAGGACUUUAAAACAACACAGAGCCCAAAAUGACAUCUUCCAAUGUCUUCUCUUUCAAACCAACAAUUCAACCUUAAAGCCUUUUAUUUUGUCAUCAUGUAGGAUCCAGUUCACGCGUUUUAGAGACACAAUUUAUAGAGUAAUUUCAUGUUAUCCAGGCUUCAAUUCUAUGUCCCAUGAAAAGACAUCCCAACCCUGAACAGGCUCCACACAUUUGCUGUGAGCACUCCUCUAUCACAUGAUAACUUAUUAAAAGCUUUUAAAACUUUAACUUAGUGUCAGGCUUCAUACAUGGGGGAUCAGUAGUCAACAACAGAGAAAACAUGAUAUUUCCCCAACAAUCAUAAAAUUAUAAUGCAGUUAGGACUGGGCGAUAUGGGAAAAAGUUUAUCACAAUAAAUUUUUUUUACAUCAGCCAAUAACGAUAUAUUUCACGAUAUUAAAAAAAUCACUUGGCAAUCUUCAAUGUUCCCUGUUACUCUUAAACUAAAUUUACCUGACGCCAUGGGCUCCUUGCUCCAUAGGGGUCUGUAAACUUUUGCAUCGUGUGUCCUCUACCACGUGGCACUGCUUCAGGUGGUGAAAAAGAUUUGAGGUAUUCCCUGACUUUGCGAGAUAAUGUAUUCGACAUAACUUACAGUGCAAAAAAAAUAAAUACCUCCACACCACUGACGUUUUCAUGUCAGUGUUGUCGACGAUGUCAUCAUCUGUUGAGCCUUCAUCUGCAUUUCUGCCUGGGGUAGCACUCUUUUUCUUUUUUUCUCACCUACAGUGCUGUCGGCUUCACUUGUUUUCAUGAAGCUGCAGCCUGCUACUACGCAGUUCUUUGCUACUUGGUUAUAAUUCAGCGCAUGAUUGGUUCAGCACAAAACGGACCCAGAGAAACCUCUCUUUUCAUUGGCUGUUUGUAUAAUCUACCAAGACAUGUAUGUCGUAGCAGAAUGCCGACUAUCAAAAAACAUAUUGACCAGGUUUACAUCGAUAUUAAGGGAAAUUAAUUUUUGAUGUGUACUGUUAUUGUUUUAUCACCAACCCCUAAAUGCAGUCAUAAUUAUUUUAUAAAAAGAUAAGUUGUUACAGCUAUGUUUUUCUGUAUUUGGAAAAUAUGAAUACAAAUACAGUUAAACUACACACUUUUGUUUUUAUAAUCUAUCCUGAAUUAAUCACUCUGCUAGGAUUAAGAUAAUGCUAAUUUUCAUGAAUCUAAGUGAUCUCUGUUCUGCUCAGAUGUUCAUCUAGGAGCUCUGCAAACUCAAAGAAGUUCAUUCUGGUUGCAUGUUCGUCUGUUGAUAUACGUGUGUGCAGAGUCAGAGCUCUCUACCUCAUGCAGGUGAGUGCAGUAAAUAUUAGCUUUUCAAAUGAACAUGGCCACACUCAGAUAUUUCUAGGCCAAAAUCAAGAGGUUUUCAUUUUUUCCUCCCAGCUCUGUGUUUCAAACCAGCAUCAGACAGUUUGGUUAUUUUCAACAAACAUGAAGUAACCAUUGAGUUCAGGCUGCGUCUUCCACUGCAGCUCAUUUUUGGACUCUGGGAGAGGAGAAGGAGAGGAAGGGCGCUGGGUUCACCUUGAAUUCAAGAACAUAGAUAGUAGCUGAGGCCUGCUGCUGCUCCAUGUAACAUUACCAGGUUAUUCCUGACUCAUAAAAGCAACAAAUGUGAGCUGACAACAUGCACAUUUUUUCCUCCAGUUUGACUCAAACACUGCAGUCAGACAACAGUACAUGCUGCAGGGUGGCAUGUGUCGCAGGCCUCUCCCUGUGCUGCAGACAGCAGACAGACAGAGAGCAGUGAUCUUCUGGUUAGCCAGCGGCCACAGGCAUGCAGAAAAUGAGACCUUGAAGAACCAUCGGGAGGCACUGUCACUUUUUCCGAGAGCUGUCCAUUCGGGGAGCUUCCUCUGCAUAUUUCAGGGUGAUGGACAAGCAAGUGGCCUUUGAAACAUGUGAAAGAGAGAGAAACAAAAACAAGGACAAAAGCAGCCCUUCUCCAGCAGGGACAUGUUGAACCUUAUUGUUCAAGACAUCCUCAAAAUCCUAGAAAUGAAAUAAGUUAUUAUCACUAUCAUUUAUAAAUUCUACUUUAGCUUAUCUCACUUGACAGCAAAUCUGCUAAUGUGUUUUGAAACUUCUCGACUCAGAGAGGACGGUCUCACUGUGCUGUAGCUAAGCAUCAUGUGCUUUAACAUAACGUCAAGGUAAUCGCAAACAAAUUGAUGAGUGAAAACAGAAUAGAGAAGAGCGCCCUCAGAAAUCUUGGGCUGUUUCAGCAGCAGCAGAUGACACUGAAUGAAAAGAGCCUUCAGUUUUUCUAUCUUAUGCGGCUCAGGGAUGCUUUGAGGUCUGCACUUGGCCUUAGACUUUUUUUUCAGCUAUUAGUUGCACCUUAGCAACAUGAGCUUGUUUACUACGUUUUGGAAGGUGAUGUAUUUUAGUGGUGCAGACUGAUUUUUAUCAGUUUACUCUUGUUUUGUUACUGUUGCCAAGGGAGAUCUUUCACUGACGCCUCAACCACCAACAGUGACAUGACGCUUGCAGGCCACCAUGUGGUGGUGCAACCAGAGAAAUGUCAGCUGUAGUUUGAUCAGCUGUUUGUUAUUUACUUUAAGAGCUGAUGUUAAUACACAGAUUUAUCUUUCAAAAUUAAAUUCACAUGGACUUUUCUCUUAGUCAGUUUUAUGGUGAUUUUGCCUAUAUUGUUAGUAGAACUGAAAAGAGAAAGGAAAUGUGAGGUAUAGAGAUUAGGGGAAGACAUGAACCAAGGGUUGAACCAGCAACCACUUCAAAAGGGACUGCAGCUUCUGUAUGUAGAGUGAACUCAAUCCUAAUAGAGCCCCUUAUUUUCAUGUCAAAACACAUCAUUUUUUUGCCCUUAAAUUAAUGUUUAUGGCAUUGCAAAAAAUCAGUCACUCAAAGUAUUGCAGAUUAAUGAGGAGGAGAACAGAGGGCUUUCCCCAGCUCAGGUACAGUCUAUGGUUUCUCCCAAGCGGCACAUUUAAGUCCAACCCCAUCCUCUAGUCCUCUUCGUCACAGACAGGAAAUUACGAACAGCAGUUUUUGUACCAAGUUGUCUUCAGAGAUAAAGAUAAAAAAGGUAGACAGAGAAAUUAAUGUGGCAGUAUGUGGAGAACCCUCCUGAACCUCCAUCCUCCUCUCACUUUUGCUCCUUACCUGUCCCCCUCUGUUUUAUGUCCUCCGCUUUAAUACUUUGGUGCCGAUAUUUCCCUUCACGUUUGUUUUGGGGAUCCGGUUGCUCAGCUGUGCGGGUCUCUCUCCAUCAGUGUCUCUGCGUUGUAAAUCGGCAGCUUUCGUUGCAGAACUGGACUCUCUCACGUUAAUGUAGUUGUUAACAGCUUGUGGUCACCGGGCGGUCGGUGUGGCUUUGCUGUUUCGAGCUGACAAGCUCUCUGGAGGAAGAGAAGGAGAGAGAAAGAGAGUCUGUGUGGUAGCUCAGAAAAGAGAGAGAGCCAGGUUAGAGAGAGGCACACUGCUCUGGUUGUACAGCCUGGAUCUUGUCUUAUUGAGCCACUGUGUCAUGUUUCUCUUGUUGUGUUACCAUACCAACAAAAUAAAUAAAUAAAUAAAUAUAUUAAAAAUAAGAAACACUGUCAUCAUGAUGACUUAGAUUUUGAUCAUUUUAAUGUUACAAAUAAAAUUCAUGGAGAUAAUACACUUUGUGUGCUAAUAUGUAACAUGAAAUAAGCACACAGACAGAAAUAGAUAUAAUUUAUUUAAGGUAAUUUGUUAUUGAAAAAUAGAUUCAUGCAUUUUAAAGAAUAAAUGAAUAAAAAACUUGCUUUGUCAUAUUAACUUUUUGUGUGUUUGUACUCUCAUCUUAAAUUAAGAGAAAAGCUUUGGUUGCACUGAUAGACUGGCCUAGUACAGCUUUCAGUGGAGUAUUAGUUUCAGCUGAGGAUUUGUAUUUAUAUCGGCUCAGUAUCGGUAUCAGAUAAUACUUAUCUGAUACCGAUACUGUUAGACAGGUGUUUACCACUAACAGUCUUUGAUGUACAUUUGUUUCAUUGUAUUAAUUUAAUAAUGAUGUGUAAGCACAUGUUUUAGCCCUCUUGUGAAUAUGAUUAUUACCUUAUCAGUGUUUGUAAUUACUUAUUAAACUAUUUUAAAUUUUUUUGGUAACACUUUAUAUGAACCCACCUCUGAAGCACAUUCAUAAAGCCUUAUACGAUACGAUACGAUACGAUGCACUUCAUCGUCCCCUUUGGGAAAUUUGUCUUGGACUCAAAGAGCUGCACAGAUAAAGCUGCCAACUGAUGACACAAAGUAUUCAACCUGACAAAGACACAGUCACAUAACACACGCAUAUUGUACAUAAUCAUAUUGCACGAGAAUCUCACAGAAACGGUUAAAAGAAACAUACUGACGAUAAAUAAAAUGAUAAUUUUGACUUUGAGGCUGUAUAACAACCUUUGUGGGUGAGUAUAAGCAUUGAUAACAACUUAUGAUAAUGUUUAUGAGGUGUUAUAAGCAGUGAGUAUCAUGCCUUACUAAGGUAUGGCUUAUAAAGAAUAAUACAUGAAUGAAAAAGAAAAAAAGGACAGCUACACUAAUUUUUUUUGUUGCUGUGAAGUAUUUUUGUCCGACAUUUUACUUACAGCCACUAAAUGCUGCUUAAAGGUUCUCAUAAAUAAUUGUUAAUAACCUCAUAUUAUAUUGCUGUCACUUUAAAGUGCCAAAGAUCAUACUUUAUCAUGAUAUGCGUAUUAAUAAGACAUUUCCUGAGUUGAGAAUCAUACUAGUUAUGACUCUUGUUUCUGAAUAUUGUAAGGUCUCAUGCUCACUGCUUACAACACUACUUAAACACUGCUAUAAGAUGUUCUGAAUGCUUAUUGUUAAGCCUUGUAGCCGCAUUAAUAAAGCUUUAUAAAUGUGCUAAUGAUGCAGUUUAAGAGGUGGGUUCCUUCAAUUGUUGUUUUAACAAGUUAUACAUUUUUUUAUGACAAAAACAAGUUUAGUUGAGCAGUGAAGGACUAUGAAAGUCUCCCCCAGAGUUUCAAAGCUAGGCUUUAAAUAUUCUCUUUUUAAUGAGACCGUUCAAUUAGAAGUUGUUUUUGAAGUGUUGAGUCUGUGGGUAUUCAAGGAUAGUGAAAUGAAGGUGGACAAUUGAAGAGAAAAAAGGCUAAACUUUUAUUUUCCACGUCAGAAUCAGCGUCAGUCCAGGUUUUUCGCUGCAAAACCUCCAGAGCUCUGUCUCUGAAGUUCAGACCUGGUGAUCAUGAUUAUGUUGAAACAUAGCUGAAAUUAAGACCUUUUGGUCAAUACAUUUUGAGAUUUUUAUCUGAACUUUACCGUAGAUGUUGUUUUGGAGUUGUCAGAUUAUUUCCUGGUUUUGAUUUUACAGCAAUUUUCAUCCAAAUGAGCUCAUUCUCAUCUUUUUAUAUCCCAUGCAGUCUCAUAGUGAGUGUAGUAAGAAUAGCACUCGUAGGAGGGUGUUACUGAGAGACACUAGCUGCUGUCUAAUAAACGUCUUCUCCUACACACCUACAGCUCCUUCAGCUCUAGCACUAUAGCUGCUUCAUCUCCUCUAAUGAGCUGUGGGCGACGUGGAAAGUUGAGAUGACACUGAAUGUUGAAUUAGAGUCAGUGCAGAUCUGACUCUGCAUUUUUGCCCUCCUCAUUCAAACAUCUCCCGUCAGCUGUUCGGGUGAAAUGUCUUUGAAUAUAUUGUAUGUGUAAGUGAAGUUGGACUUUCCUGUAAACACCCUGUAAGUCUGUGUAAGUGUGCGAGUGUGAGCGUGUGGUUCAGGUCCGUUAAUUCCACCCUGUCUGUGUCUCUCAUCUCUGCAGGUGUCGGAAGAUCCAGAUCCGGAACAUUCCCCCUCAUCUACAGUGGGAGGUCAGUUGUUUGUCUUCGUGUGUAACUGUGUGUAACUGUGUAUGUGUGUGUGUGUGAAUGUGUAUAAGACAGUUGAAGCACCAGGUAGCACAUAAACCAGCUUCCCGACAAUGACUCAUCGGCUUUUAUACUGUACUCCUCUGUAGACUGAAGGCUUUGUGUGCAUGCAUUAUGUGUGUACCCGUGCUGUGUGUAUCUGUGUCAGUGUUUGGAUGACACUGUGUCUCUGUGUCAACAUCUGUAACCUCGCUGGAGUCCGAGUUGCUUCUCUCUGUGUGAGCGUCUCUGUUGUCAAGCCUGCCAACUUUACUAAUCCUCUUGGGUUUCUGCUGUAUUUUUGGGACACUCCUAGAAAACGCACAGGACUUCUCAGACUACUAAGACACUAAAAAUACCAGAACUAAACUUUUGAGUUCAUUUUUUAAAGUCUCUUUUGUUCACCAGCCUUCCAAGCCUCAAAUAUAGGUGAUAGUUAUUACGUAACUGUCAGCUGAGUAUCUAUUUUCCCUUUUUUGACACCAGACAGAAGUAAAAUCUUACACCAGUCCUGUCAUUAAUAAGUCAAUUUAAAGCUACUGUGGAGAACUUUACGUUGACUUUAGAAUGUGAGACCGCACACCUAUAAAAAAACAUUUAUUGUUGCAUCCCUCUGACAAGACAAAUGGCCAGAUAUGAUGUAAUGAGGGUUAAUUUUAAGCCCCAGUGCUGGUAAUGGCUGCGCUGCCUCAAGUCACGUUGGUGGUCAUGUUACUAAAGUGUCGUGUUUGCUUUUGUGGGUCACAAAUAGACUUCACAGUUAAUUUCAGUCCUUCUCAAAACUCAAAGCAGCUUUAAGUAAAACCAAAAAGAUAAUUAUUAUUUAAAUAGGACUUCAAGUUUAACCAAAUUAUGUCACUAAACCAGCUAAAGUGAAUUUUGUGAACUCACAAAGGUGUCAUAGUCAGCAGAGAGCACAAACAAUUAUUUAAACCUUUCUCUUUUUAGCUUUUGGCAGAGAACUGAAGUCAGUGUCGUACAUUUUUCAAGAAUAUAGUUAGGGUUUAAGAGAAUGAAUUUGUAAGUGAAAAAAGUAAAAGUUUCAAGUACAUAUGAAGGGGUUUUUAAGAGUCAACACAUCAAUAAACAGGACUGAAGUAACUUUACAAGAAUAAAGUGAUUUUCUACUGAGGAUAAUGUUAAAAGUAUGAACAUACUUCACAUUCCUCUUCUUUGUUCCGUCGGAUGGCUGCUCCUCUGACUUUCCUCUUAAAAAAACGACAAAGCCUGAAAUUAGGACCUUUUCCUCACAUAUUUACAGCUUAAUUCUUGGUCAUUUGUGACUUUAUUUGCAUAAAUUUACAACUUAAAUGUCAAAACCUCCCUCUUUUUCUUCUUCUAAGAGGCCCAAUACCUGGACACAGUUAUAGAGAUGGAGCAUUAAGAGCUUCAGCCACUGACUUUAAUUUUCAGAAAGACAGAAAAGUGAACAUUUAAGGAAAUAAUCAGUGAUCAGGGAAGUCUUUAUUAUCUCCAGAGGUUCAAUCGUUGUACAGUUAGCAGCGUGACACAACUCUCACACUAACAUAAAGAAGAGUUUUCAGAAGAACAUAUGGGGCCAAAAAUGAGCAUGUUUGAUCACAUGAUUAAACCAAAGUUGAAAGACUUCUCUGAUUGUCUCUGAGCUGCAAAUAACUGUUGCCUUUUGCCACAAGUAAAACUGUACAAUACAAUAUACAAAAAACUGUACAGUGCAAUAUUCUACCCUACAAACUGGUUUUGUACACACUUUUAUACUUUGUAUACUGUACUUUUUAUAUAGCUUUAUUUCUAAUAUUCUGCUCUUUUUACUAACUGGUGCAAUUUCUUAUUUUUUCUUAUUCAUUCUGUUCUCCUUCCAUUAAUUUGUUUGUUCGAGAGCAAGUGUAAUGCUGUAAGGACUGAAUUAUUCUGUAUCCUGAUUCUGAUGUCUCACCCUAGUUUCCUCCGUGAGUCACAGUCGUACUUCUUAUUAAGAGCAUAAAUGCACAAAAUUUAAUUGAAGAGACAAAAGGAAUUAUUGAAUUAACUGGUGAAUUAUUAAAUUAACUUGAUGUACUUGAUAAUCUUCUGUUUUCAUCUGGUACCAUUUGAGUAUUAUACUUUACUGUAUUUUACUUUACCCUAUGUUUACACUUAAUGUUAUUUCAGGAUGAGCUUUGUGAUUGUUGUUUAUCCCAGUCGUUUUAAAAGUAGCACUUGUUUUUCUGACAAAUAAUUCAGUUUCUCACGCUUCCUCAUUUAUUAGAUAAUUAAUCUGCAUAAAAUUAAUUGUAUCUUGUUUGUUAAAUAAUCGAAAAAUCUCUACAUUACUCUAAUAUAUUUGUGUUUCAGUGUGCAUGUCUUCAGGCAUACCUUUCCAGAAAGUGAAAUAGUAAAGAAUGAGGAAACUGGUUCAUGUAAUUUAGGUUGGAAACUGUGUAUUGCUAUGAUUCUAUUCAUUUUUUACUUUUAUUGUUAUUAUUAUUAUUAAGAAAAAUAAAAAAGAAUAAGAAUAGGUGGUUAUGCAUAUUACAAUCUGGACAGGAUGAUUUAUUCGUUAAAAAUGUUCAUUUAUGCAGCUGAAAAGUUGUACAUCCUUGGUCGGUAAUCCUUCUAUUGCAACAGAUUUGAUCAUCCUGCCUGGAGGACAAACCAACAGUAAACUGAACACUCACCUUCAUGGUCAAGUUAAAACAAGGCCUUCUUAUUUUUUAUAAUUCUCAUCAAACUGAAAAUGUCCUUUGAACGAGGUGAAAGGGACUCCUGCAGAAAAAGCCCAAACAUUGGGACAUUUCCCUCCUUUUUCGUCUCGCUUUCUUUUCAGUCUUACAUUUUACACACCUUUGGACAUAAACAAGGCAAAUGUCACUGAUUUUAACAUCAUUUGUUUAACAUAGUCUGCAACAAUUAGGAUGCACUCAAACAACCAGAAACACUUUUGAAAAAAUGCAAACAGGGAUUUAUUGUGAGGUUCAGAUGUUCUAGUUUUACCUCUAUUCUCUGCUAUCUUUUCACUCACUGCUGUGUCGCUUGACAAUCAUCAGCACACAAAGCAGUAAACCGCUGUGUGCACAUAUGUGUGUGUGGACAUGUGUCUGUGGACAUGUGUGUGUGCGUCGUUUUGCAGUCGCCUCUCUGACUCCUGCUCUCAUCUCUCCCUCAGGUUUUGGACGGCCUUCUAGCUCAGCAUGGUACUGUAGAGCACGUGGAACAAGGUACAGGAUUUACCUCCUCUUCACUCCCUGCUCAUCUCAAUCUCAUCUGCCUCCCAUUGUUUAAUGCACAUGUAUCUUUUUAGCAACACACACACACACACACACACACACACACACACACACACACACACACACACACACACACACACACACACACACACACACACACACACAAGGACCUCCCAGUGAGUCAAGUCGCCCUGUGUGACUUGACUUCCUCUUUGCCAUCAUCAUCCCACACACUCAUUAUCUAAACAUAACCCAUCUCUGCAUGUAAAUCACUCUUUAUCAUCUCCUCUUUGUGUGUGUGUGUGCAGUAUAAAGUGUGGCUUAUGAGUUUGACCCAUGGGGAGCAGCGUUUGAACUACAUGCAGCCUCUAUAAUCAGCAGCGCUGUGCAUUGCCACGUUUCCCCCCUAGUUUCAGCGUUCGGAUUGAAGUGGGCAGACAUGGUAGGCGUCCAGGAGUAGUGUGUCCACAUGUGUGAGUGUGCUGGCCUGUGUUCCAGGGAGGAGCACACACAUGCGCCUGUGUUGAGGCUUUUGUCUGAUGUGUGUUUGUGUGUGUUUGCUGGGGAGACUCUGUGGAGUUAUCUAAGGGGACUUUUUUUCUGGCUACACACACAUGCACAAUAAGAAAACCUGCACACACAAGGAGAAAGUAACACUCACGAAAAAACGCACACCAUGUCCCUCUGAGUGUGUCAAAUCAGCCAAGACAAACUACCACCCACUGUAGUCAUGACAGGUGCUAAAAGAGAACCCAGCAGAGAAAUUACUCCACUCUCAGACGCUGCCCUGCUUAUUCGGCGCUGUAACAAAAAACACCACAGUAUUUCCUCCUCUUCCUUUGUUCUUCUUCUCUGAAAGUUUAGAGUCUGAGCGUCCAGAGAGACACCUUACGCUUGAGUCUGUCCGUAGCUCGCUGUGGGUCAUUGUACAACUUCUUGUCACUUUUCACAGCCGGCGUCCGUGCGCUCUGGUUACGGGGUGAGGUUUUUGGAGGAGCCCCAUGUUCAUGUGUGGCAUGCUGGAGGCUGCCGGUGAUGGGGCAGGGCGGGGCGGGGCAGAGCUGGCUGUGAGCACCGGGCGCUACGCCAGGCUCUGCCCAUUCACCCUCUCUGAGCCAGCUGGGCACUCUCGCUGCUUUUAACCCUUAAUCCAGCUGCAGGCUCAGAAAUUUGAAUUUUUUCCUCCACUGCCAAAGAGACUCUCAAUGUCUUUUAUAAUUUCUGGCACUAUUUAAAAAAAUCUCCCAGGGAAAAAAAACUCAACACUUAAGACUGCUUUUCUUGGUUAUUUAUCAUUCCUCUAUUUCUGAGAUGCCAGAAAUUACAUGGCAUGUCAAGGAUCAUUUAUUUGUUUGUAAUUGCCAUUGUGUUGUUCAUGCAGUUGAAGCUGGAGUUUAUUAGUACUUUUUAAAGAAAUAUCUAAAGCAUCUGUCGUGGAUGUUUGCUCAUGUUGUGCAGGCUUUGGCAUCAGUCCCUCCAAUCAAAGAGCAGUGACUUCUUUGUUGACUCAUCAUUUUGACAUUUAGCGGUUACACAGAGAUCCAUCGGUGACAAAGCAGAGAUGCCGCUGUGUCCUCUGACAGAAGCCUUUGUAGAGCAGAAAGGCAUUUUAUCAAGAAGCCAUGCUGGAUUUUUUUUUUGUUUGUUUGUUUCUUUUACUAUUGCUGUCACAAAUUUCCCUCUUCACCUGCAUCUACACUGCAAACAUUACAAUGCACACAACAGGAAGAAGGUCAUAUAGAUACACAUCAAAACACAGUUAUGCAAAACAGAUUUGAGUGCUCAGAUUAUGCGUGUACUAGUAAUGAAACUACACCAAUAAAUAUCACCUGAUGCAAAUGUUUGCACUCGUGAAAUCCUGCAGAUCAAACCUCUAACUGUGUUAGAUUUGUGUAAGUAUAGGUUGACAAAUCCCCCUGAGAUGCGCCUCUCUUGUAACCUCUAAUCCAAGUUAUCACAGAUCACUUACUUUGUUCAGGCUGCCACGUCCAACUUUUUAUUUAUUUAUUUAUCUUUUAUGUAAGUGGUCAGCAGGUGUUCAACAGCUCCUGUCUGUAUAGGCAGUAGAGGGGUCUGCAGGGAAGAUGGCACAGAGAUAGCUUUAACAGAUUCGUUCAGACAAGUGGCUCUCCGGGUCACCACGGGAACAUGGAUGCAACAGAGACCUGUUAUGUGAAUGUGUGUAUGUGGCCCCAGCUAUUGUUUAUUUGAUCUCAUCUUUUGUGCUUUUCUCUCUCUGUCUUGUUGCACAGUGAACACUGAUACAGAAACAGCGGUGGUGAAUGUUACAUACUCGAACAAGGAGGAAACGAAAGUGUAAGCACCUUGAAAUGUACCAAAUGUACCUGUGUCCUGCUUGCAUUAAAGUCCCACUCCAAUUGUUUUGUUUUACUACUUAAAGUGUGUUCUCAGUGGUCUUUAAACUGUGAUUAUAAAGUUAUUAGCCAAAAUCACACUACCUGUGUCAUUUUCAAGUGCUUUUCUUCUGCAGAGCUCCAGUAGCUCAUUAGCAAUUCACCUCUGAGUUGUGGGCGGAGACAGCGCUGCUCUGCACACUCCUCUUCAUGCUAGCUUGUAGCCUUACAUUGCCGGUGUAGUAGAAGUGGCAGGUAACACAGGAGAUAUUCAGCUCUCAGACACUAAUGUCUUUGGGGACAUGAUGAAAGUUAAUAUCAUAAUUAGCUUUCUUACAAGUAUAGCAAUCCGCUAACACACACGCUUGUUCCACAAUCUUCCUCUGAACUACUUGGGGUCUGGCCUGCAUUGUGGGGCUCCAGGGGCGAUGCUUGAAUUUGCUACGUAGGAAAUCUCACUGUGUCUGAACCUGCCGUUUUGGUCUGCCAGAGAUUCACAGCGAUUUGAAUGCAGAAAUACUCCGCACUUCUUUUUCUCAUGAUAUGUUCUGUAACAUCAAAAAAAAAUGCUAUACAAACAUGUAGACAAGAAAAUCAUGAUUUUUAUCGGAGUGGGUCUUUAAUGCACUACAAAACUAGCAACUUAGGUGAAGUACCUGUUUGUAAAUUUUGUGUUUAUUUGUUAGAUUAGAAAGUGCACUCACAAGGGUCAGAGCAGGGCCGGAUCAUGGUCAAAACCAGAACACCCGGCUGAAACCUAAGACAUGCAUAUUGUGUCUUGGAUUACACAAAGUGAUGCCCAAGCUAGUUCCAGGUAGGAUGAGGGUGUGAAAAAACAAACAAACAAACAAAAAAACAACUGUCAACAGAUUUAGUUAAAAGAUGUCACAGAUUUUAUUAGGAUAAUUCAGGUAUUAAUACAAAGUACUGGAACUGCCCUUGAAACAUUCAAUUAGACUAGCCAGAGCUGGAGAGUAAAACUAUGAGUCUUUAACUAUUUUAUUGGUUUGAAAAGAAAAGACUUCUUCCUAGUUCACUUCAUGUUAAGUCUCAGUAAAGUAUUAGUAGUAGUAUACUGUACUAAAGUUUUCAUGUGUACAGCUGUUUCAUUGUCUAUAAUCUUAUUGUCCUCCUCCUCAGAGCCAUUGAGAAAUUAACGGGACACCAGUGCGACGACUACUCCUUUAAGGUGUCUUAUAUUGUGGAUAUGGAUGCUGCUCCACCAGACCAGGGUCCUCGCACACGGCGGGGGGGUCGGUCGUCCCGGGACCAAUGCUCCUCUCAGCCUGGGCCCUCUGGAGAGUAUUAUCCUUCUCGCGGCAAACAAAACGACUUCCCCACACGCAUAGUCGUGCCUUCUCAGUUUGUGGGCGCCAUCAUCGGCAAGGACGGUCAAACCAUCAAGAAUGUCACUAAACAGACUCAGUCCAAGUAAGCUGCGGUGAUGUGAAGAAGACUUAGGAUAAGAUGUCGUCUGUUUUCUGCUUCUUUUGUGUCUGUGAUGCUUUUAGGCAACUCUUACAACUAAACCUUUUAAACUAAAUAUCUGAUACUGUGGUGCAUAGUCUGACUGUUUCUCUGUCAGAUUUGGAAAUGACUUGCAGGAGUUAACUGGGCCUAAAGACGGCAUGUUUGCUGCAGACUCAUUUCUGAUGCAUUGCAUCUUUUUUUGUGUUCUCUCUGUCUGUAAGGGGCAAUAUGACAACCUUCAUUUUAAAUUCACAACAAAGUUGGAUCUUUCCUUUUUUCCCCCUCCUGUCUCUGUCCUCAGUGUUGUGUAAACCUCGGCCGGUCUGUCUGUCUCUCUUUCCCUCAGGGUGGACGUUCAUCGGAAGGAAAACGCAAGUGCAUCGGAAAAGCCCAUCACCAUCCACUCGACCCCCGAGGGCUGCUCCGCCGCCUGUCGCAUGAUCCUGGAGAUCAUGCACAAGGAGGCGAACGAGACCAAGACGUGAGUUCACAUUUCCACAUACACACAGACAUUUACAUGAACGCACUUGGAUGAGCAUCCUGUCCCACAGAGAGAUUAGCCAUAAUGUCUGCAGAGCUGUAAUCUUAUCCUUUAACCUGCCUGCACACCUUUUAAUCUCACUGUGUAUUCUUUGGCGUGGACCACUAACACAGUAAACGCAGCGCUCACAACGCACUCACGUAGGCCAACAUGUGAUCGCAGCUUAGCAUUUAAGAAACGAGGCCAAGGCGUCUAAUUGGACUUGACAGUUUUAACGAGACACUACACCUUUAAAACUCUUUGAGCUUCUGCUAAAUCUUAUCACCUGCACCCAUCCUUAACACAUGAUACCAGAGUUUGUCUGUAUUUUGGAAGGGCUGCAUGUCUCAAAGUCAUCCGUGAUCUUAUGAGCACACAGAGAGUUGUGCUAUAUCCUCUUAUGCUGAUUUCAAGAGCUUGUUUAAAGAUAAUUUCAGCCAGUGUGAAUGCUGACAAAACUCUGAUUUAUUGGCUAUAUUAACAGGUUCACCUCUUGCCAUAAAAAUAUGUUGUUAAGCUUCUUGUCAAGCUCAAAAAUGAAGUAUUUUUUGUUUAAUACGUGUUAAAAAUCUGUUAAUUUUGAGUCUGAAAUUAAAUGUAUGACAGAGUGUGAGGGCCACAUUAAGAAAAAAAAAAUUAAGACUUUGAGAUUAAAGUCACAACUUAUGAGAAUAAAGUCAUUACUACCGAGAAUGAAGUCAAAAUAAAGUAAUAACUUAUGAGGAUAAAGUCAGAAUAAAGCCCUUAUAUUUUAUCCUGAUGUUUAAGUUGACAGUAGUUGAAAUGAGAGCUAUGGAGCAUUUCGUGAAAAUGUACUUUAAUAUAGGUCUCUCAAACCGAGAGACUUAAUCUUUUUGCACAUCAGCACCACAUUAUCAUAAGUAGCCUAUCGUAAUGAUUUUAUUACGACUUUAUUCUCGUAAGAAAUUCUUUUAGUAAGACUUUAUUCUCGUUAGUAAUGACUUUAUUCUCGUAAGUUAAUGACUCAAAGUCCUAUUAUUUUUCUUCUUAAUGUGGCCCUAAUACUCCGUCGUAUAAAUCCCCCUAGUUUCAAUAAAUUAGCUAAGCUACGCUAAAAAACUGCAGAAUGUGGUUCGAUAUCAACUGUACUAACAAGACCGCAUUACAGAUCUUCUCAUCAAACCUACUGUGAGAAAAUUAAUACCAAUUUUUUCAUUAAAGGUUACAAAUAAAGUCAGAUAUGUGUAAUUUAAAUGCUUUAAAAUACAGAAUAGCAAAUACAUGCUCAAACCAGAUCCAAAUCAACUGAUGUAACUUCAGUUUCUUGUCGUCCAGCUUCUGGUGGGUUUAAUGUAAUUGCUGUAAUUCUUCUCGGUGAAAAGGAUCUGCCAUAACAGUGAUAUGCUGUUUCAAUAAAUCAGUCGACACCUCUGAUCCACCUUAAUCUGUUAAUUCCUCCCUCAAACGUUACAAUAACCUCUGAACUUCUGCUAAGUGUUGACUAAAUAACACCACCCCUCCUUGUAUGAGUGCCACACCUGCAGAAACCGACCUGUUACCUCAACCUCCAAACACCCUGUCAUUACCAACACCCAGUGUAACCCCAACCAGCUCUUUACCUUUUAACCCCACAACAACAACACUGUCAUCUCUGCCCUACGCUCACCACAGACUGAUUUCACCUUACAUUUACUAUCAAGUCCUAUACAUGCAUGACUCGCCCUACACACACACACGCACACACACACACACGCGAAACCUUACAAAGACUGUGACCCAGCCUAAAAGAAAAAACACCCAACUCAACCACAACACCAAUUCACACUUAAACCACAUGAACGUCAGCAGAAACAUAGAUUGAAGAUAAAUGAUGCUCCACCCGUUCACCCAACUUAUCUGUAAAACGUACACUUUGGGUUAAAGCAGCUUCAGUUCACAGAUGUGUGUUUUGCUGGAAUUUCCUUGUAGUUUCCUGAAAAGAGAAAGUGAAACUUAGUGACUCUCUUGAAGGUGAAAUAUUCACAAAGCUGUGAGACUGUGCUCUGAUGUGUAGAGGUUGAUUGUUCUGGUUUAGAAUCAGUUCAUGAUUUUGAGAAAAUUGACUCGAUUUAUCCCAGUUAUAUAUUCAUUUUUUGUCGUGAUUUUUGUAAAAUUACUUGAUAGGAUUUGAAACUUAAAUGCGUGUUUGCUUUGAAGAGAUUUUUGUGUGGUUGUCCUCUUCAUGAUGUCAGAUUUUUAGCCGAGCGAUUUCAUGGAAAAUUUAAUCUCUUCAAAGUACUCCGGACUCUCUCUGCAAUUCAACCAACUUAUACAGCUUAAGCAAUCUGUUUACUUUAGACAAUCUUUGAAUCAACAAACCACAAUAGUAAGAGGAAAAACACCAGCUCUUAGCUUUGACAUUUAAGAUAUUUGGCUUUAAGGUAAAUAUGACGUAACGUUGGAUUUGAGGCCAAACUCUUGUUUGUUUUGCACACAAGUCUUUUAUUUGAGUUAGCAUUACUAUUCUUUAGCAUUAAAAUAAAUGCAACCUGCAGAAACACAUUUUACUCUUUCAUUUCCAGAUGAGCUGUGUGGGCUAAUAGUAAGAGGUUUAGCUCCUUUAGCAGUUCCUUCAAAUUAAUCAGAAGUCAAUCAAUUCAAGACUUGCCAAAUUUAAUAUAAUUACACUAAAAUUAUAAAGCUCCUCUCUGAAAAGUUAAGCAGGAAUAAUUGAAAGAAUCUGGGUGUUAAUGAGCUUUUAUAUUGUAAUGAGUGGAGCGGAUGAGCAUUGAGCAUUAAAAGAAAUGCUGAAAAAAUGAUUGGUUAAGUGUUUUGACUUAUUUAGAAGAUUGUAGGUUUUUAUCACCCUCAGAUGGUGUCAUCCUUCCUGGUUUUGUCCUGUGAGUGAAAGCAUGUCGGAGCGGAUGGAGUUGUACUUAUUGCAGCAGCGUGUUUAUUGUAAACAGACGCAAACCACGAGUUCUUGCAGAGAGUAACAACAGCGUCAUGCUGUGACCGUACAAAAACUCAGCUGGAAAGUGUCUUUAAACUGAUAUUUUUGGGGUUUUUUUUUCUGCUGCACAAAUUUGCAAAACCAAAAACGGGACCUUGGAGAACAGAUUUAAAAUCAAAGCUUCAUGUCUUAACAUCGGGCCUCGUGCUGACUGCAGCACUUCUCGCGCGCUCGCUCGGCAGCUUUUCACAUUCCUGCUCAUAACAUUCCUCACACCGUCAGCAUCAGUGACACUAUCGUCUACUAUCUCACCGAACCUGUGUGUUUCUGUGUGUGUGUGUGUGUAGGAUGGAAGACGUCCCCCUGAAAAUCCUCGCCCACAACAGCCUGGUGGGCCGGCUGAUUGGAAAGGAUGGCCGCAACCUGAAGAAGAUCGAGGAGGAGACAGGGACCAAGAUUACUAUCUCCUCGUACGUUGCCUCCUUAACUGCUUUGUCACACACACCCACCCACAGACUCACACGUGGCCAGCAGCUACACUACUCGCUGUGCUAUAACCUCGGGUAACACAAACUCGAUUGAGAACUUGUGUGAUUGUGUCACAGCAGCAAUUACACUCUGAAGGACAUUUUUUAUCCAAAUUUAAACCAGCGCACAAAUAACAGGCGGUGAUUUCAACCCCUGGGUGCCACACCUCUUUCUCAUUAGCCUCCCAGCGUGUGGUUUCACUUAACCGAGUUGUAAGAGAGCAAAUGUGAAGAGUCGAUUACAGCUCCUUCACUCCAGAACAUGAUAUUAGAGAGGUGGCAGUUACACCCAUUUAACGGAGCGUGCUCGCCAACCUUCGUUCAUUUGGGUUAAUGAAUUGCUCUGUCUGCGUGAGCUCUGAAGACGAUGUAAUGAGCCCUGAGAUAGAGACAGGAAAAGGAGGAGGGAGACGACAACAGGAGGAGAGGGUCCUAUUUUUGAAGAGUCCAAUCAAUAUUUAUGGUCAUGUGGAAUCCUUUCAGAGUCUUCUUCACGGAUGGAUUAUGGUGCUUCACAGGCUCAAAGUUGCUAUAUGGAAUAAAACACUCACUCUGUUCAUGUAAUAACAAAGGGAGUUGUUAAAAAAGAUUCACUGUGACUUUUGUGUCAGCUCACCUACAUGAAAAGAUACUCGUCAAAGAUUUUGACACUGAUCUAAGCUGAUUUUCACAGCUGCAAAAUCAAUGCUUUGUGAAAACCUAAGAACUACUUUAAUGGCAGUUUUUCUGUCAAACUUUUUUUGACCUUACUGAGAUUAACUGUGGUUUAAUUUCCAAAGAUUGAGUCGUGAUAUGGCCGCUGCACAGAGUUAUGAUAUCGCGCUAAAUAUCUAGCUGCUAUCUUUUGACACUAAUGUGUUUUUACAGCAGCUGCUCCCGUAAUAAGCGAGGAUGGAUGAAUCAGUUUCAUCUGUGGACACGUAGAAAUGAUGACGAAACUCACGUCUUGACCUUGUGAGAUACAAACAGAAUACAACACGGAUUUUUACUUUAUGAGUUUUCUCAUCAUGACAUGUACUCAACAGAAAGAGAAGAAUGCGUCUCUACUUUUGGAUGAGCGAGAAUUUUCAAAAUGACAAGAGUUCAAAGGAUAUUGGUUUUCCCAGGCAGGAGGGGGAUAAUGCCAUAUUUAUUUCCUGACAGAACUAAUACAUUUAUUUAUUUCUGAUUAAUAAAUGGUUUUCAUGUCAGUGUCAAGGUUAUUAUAUACUACUGUGUUGAGUUUUUAUGGAUGUUUCAACCUAAUUCGAUAGAGGAUUUUACUUGGGUUGGACACUUGCCUGCUCAAGCUGCUCUACCAAGGAGCAUUUUUCAGUCUCUUCCUCUUUAAAACGUGUAAGAAACACUUUUGUGUUGCAUUAUGGGAAACAUUUCCAGAUGCAAACAAGUGAAAUCAGAGCCAUACUGUAUGACCCUCCUCCGCUCAGUUUUGGCAUUUCUAUUUUAAAUCUCUGUUUGUUUUACUCUAACUUUAUGGAAAUGUGGGACUUAAUUGCUAGUUAGCUAAAUGCGAAAUGUAACGCCAUUUUUUGAUGAUGCAGCCUUCACUGAUACCCAUCACAAAGACAGGAAAUGCAACUCAGAGCGACUCAAGCAUGUACGCUAAGAAAGUGAAAUGAGUGUGCAGGUGUUGGAUAUGUAAAUUCUUACAUAUCGUGUGUGUGUGCGUGUGUGUGUGUGUGUGUGUUUGUGCGUGUCAUCCUUCCUGUAGGUUACAUGGCCUAACCAUAUACAACCUUGAGAGGACCAUCACCAUCAGGGGCAGCUUGGAGGCAUGUUGUAAAGCUGAGAGGGAGAUCAUGAAGAAGCUGAGGGAAGCCUACGAGAACGACUGUGCUGCUAUAAACGUAAGUGGAGCUCAGGGGUUACUAUCUGCAGUGUCUAUGCAUGUGUGUGUGUGUGUAUGUGUGUGUGUGGUUAUGAUCUCAGGUUGACUCACGCAGGCUGACAGGUGAACAUCGGAGAGGAGUGUUGAUGUAGAGCAGGAUAGCGUUGCCUCCUCAUUCAGCGCUUGUUACCAGCAGCAUUAAUAAUAGUGUCUGCUUGGUAAAUGGAUAACAGUGAAGAAGUGUGAGUGUGUGUGUGUGUGUGUGUGUGUGUGUGUGUCUGACUCACACCUUUUUCCCCACUGUGUGUGUCUGUGUAACACACUGCGUUUCCCAGCAUCCAUCUGAUAUCUGUAGGCUCCUCUCUCACCCGGCUCCCCUUUCGCGAGGAGCUGCCCUGAUGACAUCACCAGUGCUGCAGCCUGAGAGGUCAGCCUCAGAGGAAGAGAGCUAGUGAUGAAAUCACAUGCUGCACACACCCCCCUUGUGUGUUGCAGUAAUAUGAAGAUGGAUGCAGAUUAAGUGACUGUAUUGGCUGAUGGUGAUGUAACAUGCAGAGAGGAUCACAGUCCUGGUGGAUGCCUUUCCCUGGCUACUUUUACACGAGCUGCCAGGUUUCUCACUCAUUGUGAUCGUACAAAUAUUGGCUGGGAAAUAAUCAUCAGGAAGCAUCACGCAGCAUGCGGUUAAAUUGUACCGGCUGGUGUGAGCAGAUCUGGCACCUGUCGGGCUGAGCGUUGGCUCUACAGUAAGCGGUGAGGGCCAUCUAGCGUGACACUGUGGAAAUUACACAAAGCUUUCUGAGCAAGGAGGAAGUGGAAAGAGACCGCGUGUGACUCCUCGGCCAUGAAGCCAGAUCAGCUGAUUUGUCAGUGUCUGUCUACCAUGCUGUUGCAAAUUAAACCCUUUAAAGACGUCAGUUUUCCUUAAGCAAAGACAUCCUGUCCUGUCCUCAAAGCUGUGGCAGAUUGCUGGUAUUUUUAAGUUGUUGUCAUAGAGUUUGCAGUUUUUUUUAUCUGAAGAAUAAGAAGGAAUUUAGUCCUCACAAGAUGGCCUUUAGAUUUAUCUGAAGAGAAAAAAAGAAAUCUGAAGUUACAUGAUUGAAAGGAAAAGUUUCACUGUUUCGCAGAGUGAUUGUGAGUGAAAGAGCAGCCAGUGAUUAUCUUUAGCAUAAAUUAUAUGUGGAUUAUUACUUCAAUUGAUUAAAUCAUUCGUAAUAUCGUUUUAGAAUCACUCCUAAAGUAUUUUAAGAGCAUGGGUUCAGAUUUUAAACAACUUCAGAAACUCAAACACAAACAUGUUUUAUUUAAAUUGAAUAGAAACAGAAGAAAUGCUAACAGAUUUGGGAGGCCAAAGACCUUUUCGUUGUAUUAUUGCCUAAUAUUUUUUUUAUUUUUUCAUCAUAACUGUUGCUGACUGCUUACAAACUAUAGAGCAAAGCUGAAUUUCUCAUCUUUGAGGUGAAAAAAUACAAAAACAUGAUUUACUUUCAUUUCUGCGACUCCAUCGAAAGUUAGGUGUCAAACUUUCCCUCUAUUUCAAACAAAUUAUGUGAGUUUGAAUGAUUUUGAUUAAAACAGGACUGGGGAACUGUUUUUGACACAGAAAAACUCAUUUGCCUUUGCUUUUGUUAUCUUUUCUAUGUCUAGUCAGAACUAAAGCCAUUUUAGUUGAAACCCUAAUUGCAGCUGCAGCCACACAUUGUUGUCAUGCAGUAUUUUAAAAGGCGACUGUGAACUAUCUUGAACAACCCAGAUAGAGCUGCAGGAGGAUGCUCGAGAGAUGGAGGUGCAGGGCAGCUGUGGCAAAGGCAGAGACGAAAAAUCCCACAGACCAUCAAACUGGGAGGAUACAUUUUUAAAGUGAUAGAGAAAUGUGAUAUCGCUACAGCUGGAAUUGCCUGCUUGAACCAGCACACAUGCAUUGUCAGGAUUGAAAAGGAGCUAAAAAUGUUAAAGUUAAAAUGAAGAGCCAUCUCAAAAACUAACUUACUGCUUCUUGUCACACAGCAACAGGCCAACCUGAUCCCGGGCCUGAACCUGAAUGCUUUGGGUAUCUUCUCCUCGGGUCUGCCGGUAUUGCCCCCUACUGCUGGACCACGUGGUGCAGUACCCCAUAUGGCACCAGCAGGGUACAACCCAUUCUUAGUGAGUACACACCUUCUGCUGCUCUACCUCUGCUGGUCUCAGCGACACACGGCUCCUGCAGGGAUCAGCUUUGACUUGAUAAAGCAAUUUGUUUUCUACACUCCGUAAACCAAGCUCCCCCUGAAGUGCUUUCAGAAAAAACAAUCGUGUGUUGACUCAGGUCUUCCUGUGCGAUGCUGCACACACUUUGAAACGGGCAGAAUUCCCCUGUCUUCACCAGAGAUGAGUCAGUUUGUCAGUAAAACACAGUCUCCACUCAUUGCCAGAGCCAAAGUAGUGUGAGACAGCGUGUGAGAAUGUCUUUGCGUGCUUCUUAGGAAACAAAGUUAGUGUAUGAUUCACCCAGAGUUUAUGCCCCAGAAUUCCCCUCAAUAAGAGCCGGGAUUGUGUACAUGCCUGUGUAUAUGAAUGAGCAUGGUUUUGUGCCGUCUGAUUGGUCUGCUUCACUUUCAGAGUCACUCUUCACAUCUCAGCGGCCUGUAUGGGGUUCCUCCAGCAAGUGCCAUCGCCCACCAGCACUCAGUACGUUCCCGCUACAGUCAGUGUUGCCAUGGUGAUCAGAGAAUAAGCCACUAAUUUGCCUUGUUAUUUCCUAAUGCCUAAUAAUUAUUGCCAUAGUUUUUGGCUUUUAAAGCAUGCAAAGACUUGCCAAGCUGCUUGUGCCUCUCUGAGCAAGUGACUUUUGGUAUAUGCAGGCAUAGACGUAACAGUGCAUAGACGCAAAUAAAAAAAGAUUUAGAGGGAUUCAUAAAUAACAAAACCAUGACUACUUCUCUGUCUGUGUCGAAUGGUGACCCCAGCAUUCCUGCAUACCAUCACCCAGUCACCAGAGGACCACAAAUAUUUCUGGAAGGGGACUUUUCAGACCAGAGUUGCCCUGUGGCUCGUAAAAAUUCUCUGCAUAAGCUUCAACUACACGUGUGUUAUCAUGCUAAGAAAAACAAAACCACGGGGCGACCAUUGACCUUAAGAGGAAAGACGCCAGCUCAGGCCCAGCCUAAGUGAGAUGUUUACCUAAAAGCAAAACCCUAGAAGAGGGCUCAAUUUAGCUUCCCUUGCAAGUAGUGUCAUCAUUUUCAGCUGCUUCUCAAGAAUCUGUCGAGUCAAAUCAGGAUUUUUUUGACUAUUUUAAUCUGCUUUGACUGUUUUUUAGGUUUUAUUUCAGUCAGUGUCAGCAGUAGAGUUCAGAAAAAGUGUGGUGAAAAGUUUUUUUUCUGUGUUUUUUUCAACAGCAGGCUCAAGAACAGGAGGUUGUCUACCUCUUUAUUCCAACUCAGGCUGUAGGGGCCCUGAUCGGCAAGAAGGGCCAGCACAUCAAACAACUCGCCCACUUUGCUGGAGCCUCGAUCAAGGUGGGUUUUUAAAUGUCAACACAGAGCCGACUUCAAUUAGUCCAAAGAAAGAAGCGGUCAAAGCGUGUCUCAUCACUGUGUAGGCUUCACAAACAUGUCUUUGAGCUUCACGCCGACUGUUGAGGUGAAGUAAUCAAGUUUGCAGUCCAUUCUUGCUGAGUCAGCAGCCUUGCAUGGACCACAGCUGAGGAUGUUGGUUACUCACGGUCAAAAACAAAUAACAAAAAGUGGGAUGACUAGUGAGGGGGGAAUUUUAGAAAGCCCCCUCAAGCCCCGUCUGCAGAGAUGAGACAGCUGGUCAAUAAAUUCUGAUAACAUCAUGUAACGUCGUUCUUUUAAUUGAAGGAAUAUGCAGCGCUCUUGGAUGAUCCUUCCUGGAUGCAUCAGUUGGACCCAAUGCAGCUUUAAAGUCACGUUUUCCUCGUACUUGUCUACAUAACCUGCUUAUCUGUGUGUCAGAUUGCCCCAGCUGAGAGCCCAGAUGUAACUGAGAGGAUGGUUAUUAUUACUGGAACCCCGGAAGCUCAGUUUAAGGUAAAAACGCCAGAUAUCUGUGCUCAAUAAGGAAUCAUGUAAGAUCAAAAUUAUGAGCAACAUUUUGAUAAUAAGAGUCUUUGUUAAUUUAUCUAAUGUAGUAUGAUUACUUGUGUCCUGUGUCAUAGUAAACUGCAGCGGAUCACUGUGUUCCCCCAUUUUCCCCAGUCUCUCCUUGCCUCAUUCCCUCCUCUGUAUUCCAGGCCCAGGGUCGGAUAUUUGGGAAGCUGAAAGAGGAGAACUUCUUUUCAGGGAAGGAGGAGGUCAAACUGGAGACGCACAUCAAGGUCCCCUCAUGCACAGCUGGCAGGGUCAUCGGAAAAGGUGGCAAAACGGUGAGUUGUUGUUAGAACUGAACUGAGGCUCUUAAAAGAAUAGUUCCAUUUCUUUAUUCACUCUUCCAGUGGAUUUGUGUUUUUUCCUGUAAGUGAAGUUGGAGAUCAACUUUAAAGCAGGAGUCUUUUUGUUUUUAGGUAAAUGAGCUACAGAACCUGACGAGCGCUGAGGUAAUCGUACCGCGGGACCAAACUCCAGACGAGAACGACGAGGUCUUUGUGAAAAUCAGUGGGCAUUUCUUUGCCAGUCAGGUAAGCAAAAGUAACCAAGUUGCUUGUAUAUUUAUUCCAACAACAUGCGCUGAAGAAUAAAAAGUUGGGAGUGUUUUUCUUAAAGGACCAGAAAAUUAUUAUUUAGCUGUCACAGUCCGGAGUUAAACAAAAAGGAAAGGACCCAAAAUGCAGAACAAAAACAAAGGGAUUUAUUUUAAAAGAACGAAAUAAAAAAGCAACAAAUAGAGAGAAAAAUCCAAAAGUCAAAAUCCACAAAAAUCACUGGUGGCAAAAUCACAUGGGGCAACUGGGGACACGAGUAUACACACACAGACAUCAACAUACAUACAAUGAACCAACAAGGACAGAGGGGAGGACAGGGACUAUACAUACAGGGAAACGAGCAACAGGUGAGGCAAACGAGACACAGGUGAAACUCGUGUGAUUAACGAGGGAGGGAAAACUAGGGAAGUAAAACCAAACUAGAAACACAAAAAAUCAACUACUACAAAAUAAAACAGGAAACACUUAAAACUGAUCUAAAGAAUAAAACACAGAGACCAUGAGGGAAACAGGGUCAAACACAAACUGAAAACUCACAAGACUGGACUUCAGGAACAAUAGGGAACAGAAACACUAAGGAAAAACACAAAGAGGAAAAAAAACUAAAUUAACAGACCAUAUCAUGACAGUAGCUCCUUAAGUCCAAGGUGACAAUUUUUAAUCUUGUGCACACAAACAUGUUCGUGAUAGCAGAGGCCAAUUGCUUUUUACACUGUGUGAAUUGUUCAUUCUGUAUUGUCUGUGGCCCAAUGUGUGAAAUUUAGCGUCUUUAAGAAAAACAGAUUUGGUAAAAUGAAAUAUAACACUUUUAAGUAUGUUUAAAUUUGUGUACAGUAACCUGAAUUUAAAAGUUUGGUUGACUCAGAAAGAGUGGGCUAUUUUAUAUCUACGUUAGGGGUAGAUCCCCCUCCUCAUGUACUUUUAUGUUUCUACUCUUGCACAGAACAAAGUAACUGAACAUACAUGUUUUUGUAAAAUGCACUGGCUGGAAGAUGAAGAAGAGCGGUUGUUGUGCAAAGAAUUUAACAAUUAGAAAAUGUUUUUGAUGGUAAAAAUGAGACAAAUGGUGGAUCAUACUUGUAUGACAAAGGAUCCUCUUGUCUUUGGCGGCCACCAUUGCCUCUGGUAGACAGGGGUGAGCGGGGAGUGUUUCAAUCUUAAAAUCUAGUUUUUUUGCUGUAAAAUAUCGCUAAAUGUCAUUAUAUGUGCACGCUCAGAGAAUCACACUGGUACUGGUAUUUUGUGUGCAACAUAAGCGCCCCCUGUUGGGCAGUGAUGAGGGGUGUGCUCUGUCUUUUGUUAAUUUAAAAAGCGCCGCUAAAAUACAUCUGAUAAAGUGAUUUUUUCUUUAUGAAAUGCUGUUCAUUUAUAUGAUAUGUUUAUAUGUUUACAUUGAUUUGCCCACAGCUAGCUUUCUAGGUCGUGGCUACUUCACUUUUGUAAUGUAGUAGUGCUGACCCACAUUUAGCUUUUCUAUUUUAUCAUUUUCUUUGCUCAUUACUAUAACAAAAAAUGCUGUGUAUGCUGUUUUUAUCGUGAUAAAUGGGGUGUUGGAGCCAAAACUCGAUGUUUAUGCCUAGUUCAUCACAUGUGCCAGAUAAGAGCUUGUACGGCUGCUGUCCUAACAAUUUUUGCUUACAUGGUUGAAGUCCUACAUUUUAUUGCACACACUAAUCAUACUGUAUGUUUUUAAUGGUAAUAGCAUUUUAUUCUCAGUACUCUAAUUUCUGUUUUUAUUUAUGGAAGCAUAACCAGGGACAGGGGUUGCUAAUUAGCUAUAUGCUAUAUGAGGCAAUUUAUCAUCCAUUUGUUCCUGUGAAAUAAAUGAAUACACAAAUAUGUGUGCAUAGAAAAUAGUAUAAUUUUUAGGUUAUUGAAUCAUGGGACAGCAUUGGCUUUGUGCACCAGUACAAAUAAAGAAUUCUGCCCUCUGUCUAUCUCAUUCCCCUGAACCAAAUUAAUCAAUCAGGUUGAGUACCUCAGAUUUUAAUGGUAACAUUAUUUUCAUAUGGACACACUGAGAUGUUUUAAUUAUCACCUGGUCUCACGUGUGCUGUCCCUCCAUCAGACUGCACAGAGGAAGAUCCGGGAGAUCAUUCAGCAGGUUAAGCUGCAGGAACAGAAGCACCAGCAGGCCGCCGCCGUGUCACCACACCACUCCAAGUGA